GCCUCGGAUCCGCCUCCAGCCGCUGGCGGGGCCGAAAGGAACAUGGUGGCCGCUUCCUCCCUCGCCAGCAACAGCGACGUUUCGGCUUGCUCGUGAGGCGGCGCCGGAGCAAGCCAGGCCGCGAGGGAGUCUCUGCGCCCGAGGCGACGACGGACGGGGAGCCCCGCGUCUGGCCAGCGCCGCCGGUGAGGCGGGGAGAGGAGAGCGCGGGGGGCCGGGUGGGGAGGGCAGGCUGACAGGCGGACGAGAGCUCGGCCGCUUCCCGGGGCGCUUCCUCGGUUAGGAGACCCCCUUAGCUCGCCCUCCAAGAGGGUCGUUUUGGAGAGGGUGGCGGGGAGAGAGCGCGCGCGCGCAACCCGGCCAGGGCGAAUGCAGAGUCGAGGACGUGGGGCUGGCUGUUUCGCCCCCCACGCACUUCCCCGGCAGCAGCAGCCCUUUCCCCUCCCCAUAGCAUUGGGGCAAGUUGGGGGUGAGUGGGAAGGAGGGCUGGAAACGCAGAAAGGCGAAAGAGAGAGAGGGCGCGCGUGGGAAUUGCGCCCGGCCUCGGAGGGAGUCGAGGUGGCCUCUCCAAAGCUAGGGCUGCCCUCUUUUGUAUAGGGUUUGGGAAGCGGAGGGCGUCCGGCGGCAGCCCUCCUGAUGUGGGGUUGGGAGGGGUGGCGGGGAAGAGAGUCUCGCGCGCUGUUCUACUCGCUCCGCGUUUCCUCCUGGGAAUGGCUGUCUCCUCCUCCUCCUCGCCGCGCAUGUCCUCACCUGCCCAAGGUGUGCUGGGCGGCGUUCGCUUGCAGGUGGGGAUGGGGAGGCAGCAGUUUGUCGCGGGGAAGAAGGCGGCCCCACAGGGCCCCAUCCUUUCUUGCUGAGCAUCGGGGAAGAUGUGCCGCUUGUUGUCACAUCUGCUGCGCAUGCAGCGGAAACCGGAAGCCUACACACCUGUGCGCGCCUUGUUGUCAUUUUGCUGUCUAUAGGACAGCCCUCCCAGUGCCCCUGUUUUCCAGGGACAGUCCCGGAUUUACAGACGCCGUCCCAGUUUCUGGUUUCACUCCAGAAUGUUUCCUUAGGACGCCCCUGUUUUCAAUGGAGAAAUGUUGGCGUGUAUGGGGUUAUGCGACCCCGGAGCCAAGGAGAUAAGUACCGGUAACCAUGAAAAGACACUUGAAGGCAGCCCUGUAGAAGGAGGUUUUUGAUGCUUAAUGUCUUAUUAUGUUUUUAUAUAUGUUGGAAGCCGCCCAGAGUGUCUGGAGCAAAAAUAAUAAUAAUAAAAAUUAUUAUUAUUAUGGAAUAGUAUGUCCCUAUUUUCAUCACCAAAAUGUUGGAGGGUAUGCUGUGAAGAGUAGCUUGCUUGUUAGGUGGUGGUUUUUACAAGGCAGUUUCUUCUUGAGAUCAUCAAUCAUCAGUCUUGAGGAAAGUGGUAGCAAGCUGCUUUCACUGGGCAUUGCCAUGUUUAGCAAUAAUAUUUCCAAUGUGUUGCAGCAAUAGUUUCAAUUUUUCAUUAUCGGUGUGAGAAAGCCAUUAUAACUGAAUUGCUGGUGGGGGAAAAAUCCUGCUUAGUAUUUGCUCCGAAUGUUCCCUCUCCCUGUCCCCGCCCCCAACUUUUGGCUUCCUCUGUGCCUGGCAGAUGGAGGAUUAGUUAGUUGAAAGGGCCCCCUUGGAUGCCAGCACAAAGGAGAUAUAUUCUGCAGGUGUUGAGGUAACUUUCUACCUUAUCUGCUUUUUCCCUGCCAACUCCUCUCUUGGAUUCUUGUGUGAUUCGACGUAACUCUAGAAGGAAAUUGUGUAAGAAAUCAUAAACAUUAUUUCUCAGGAAAGAGUAGAAAUAAGCCAAUUGCUGUGAUGUGUCAUGAUGUCUGUUGCUAUGUGAGCUGAGUUCUGUAGUGUUUUGACAAAAAAAAAUAUGGCAGUAAUUCAUGAGUAAUUAUUCAGGCAGUUUUCAGUUUCUGUUUACCUGUGUUUGGGGACCUGGCUACAAGAGCUAAUAUUAUUAAGUGGACUUACCAGUACCUUCCAGCCGUGCUGCUGGUGUUGUGCAAUAUUCCAAUUCACUUUUUGUGUUUGGUACAUAACACUUUUGUGUAUGUAACGCCGCUCAGUACGAUUCUGGAUGUGCUGUUUUGCUGCCUUUAUAGGUUGAAAGUGAAUGAAGAAAUGUGAUCCCUAAAGCUUUAAUCUGUAAAAACAUCUAGAGUUUAGUUCCAUGUUUUGGUGCAGACUCUUCUCUAAUAAACCAAAGAGAUAUGUCUUUGCAGCAGUAUCUGCUAAAAAUAACUGGGCCUUGGUUAGUACAGCAUCUUGAUUGUGACUAGUUUGCAAACCUAGUUAAUAGCACUGUCUGUGUUUGUGAAUAAAGAAUUCUCAGUCCAACCUGUUUGCAGUGGUACUUUACUAUGCUUUAAACUAGGAAUGUCCAACUGGGGGCUAAAUUCUGCCCCUGGAUCAUCUUUAUAUGGUUCCUGGUGGGCCCUGUCAGAUUUUAUAAAUGUGCCAUAUUCCUAGGUGAUUAUUAUUAUUAUUGUAUAUUUAUUAAUACCCUGACAGGGACUCAAGGUGGCUUACAGAUAAAAUAAGAACAGCUCAGAGCGUGGUGCUGGUAAUGCCAAGGUUGCAGGUUCGAUCCUUAUGUGGGACAGAUGCAUUUUCCUCAGGGUCCCUUCCAACUCUACAGUUCUAUGAAGAGCAUAGAAAAAAACCCAAUAAUUAAAAAACAAUUAAAGACACACACAUACGAUCUAUGUAUGAUCUACAGGCAAUCACAACAAAAAUGGCACCAGGCCCCUCAUUAAAAGCAGUCACUUCCCAAAAGCCUGUUCUUCACCUGUUGGCAGAAGGACAGCUAGGAGGGAGCCGGUCUAGCUUCUCUAGGGAGAGAGCUCCAAAGUCUGGGAGCAGCCACCAAGAAGGCUGGUAGCUUUGAGAACAGUGUCCAACCAUCUCGUCCUCUGUCGUCCCCUUCUCCUUGUGCCCUCCAUCUUUCCCAGCAUCAGGGUCUUUUCCAGGGAGUCUUCUUUUUCCAGGGAACAUCAGGGUCUUUUCCAGGGAGUCUUCUCUUCUCCUGAGGUGGCCAAAGUCUUGGAGCCUCAGGUUCAGGAUCUGUCCUUCCAGUGAGCACUCAGGGCUGAUUUCCUUCAGAAUGGAGAGGUUUGAUCUUCUUGCAGUCCAUGGGACUCUCAAGUGUCUCCUCCAGCACCAUAAUUCAAAAGCGUCCCUUACAACUCUGCAAUCCUAUGGUUCAUCUCCUCCAGCUCUAAACAUGUGUCCAAAUACCAGCAACCCCUGAGAUAGAAAAGUUAAGCUAGGUGUGGGAAGCUUCUUAUUCUCCUGAAGACCACAUUACUUCAUGGGCUAUCUUCAGGGGACCGUAUGCCAGGGCUGGGCAUGUCCGGAGUAAAAAGUGGGUGGAACACUGAAUUACCUUUGUACAGUAGGCUGAGGGAGUCCGUCCCAGGGAGCACCUUUGAAAUCUCUGCAGAGGAGAGAGAGAUGCUCCUAAAAAUGAUGGUUGAGGCUUGUAGAGUGCCCUGCACUGUGCUUUGAAGCCCAGACAAUCCACUGAUCGUUGUGGCUUUAGAGAGGUUUACAGGUGCUGCAGAUCAGUGGCACCUGAAACUCCUUUUUGGGCUGGCAUCACCUUUAGCUGCCCCAUACCUGCCAUUGCAUGUAAGGCCAGGUGAGCAAAAGGGCUCGAGCAAAAGGGCUUGGCAGCCCUAAUGAGGCCCACAGCAUGGAGAUUCUCUCGUCCCCCCUUAACCCAAAACUUUGAUAAAUUGCUUUAAAUAAACUGGAUCUUCUGAGAAUGCAAACUUUCUUCAAUAGGUGCAUUGUGGGUUUUGUUUUUUAAAUAGUUGGUGUCAGCUGCUCACUCAUGAGUUGCUGUCAAAAUAAGAAACCAUCGUAGACACAUGAUAGAAAAAUAAACAUAUGGUUUAACAAUAUAAUCUAGGUUGGCUGUUACGAAACACUGAUUUGAAAACAUAAGUAAUAAGGGCUGAACAAGAUGUGAUGACAGUAGGUUUGAGUGUCAUGUGUGGCAUUUAAAACAACAAAAAGUGCACAUGAAUUGGGAAUGCAGAGAACUUCCUAUACCUCCCCUUUCCACGUGCCUUUAACUCCUUUGAAAUAAUUUCUAGUAUCAGAGCUAGGGAGAUAAAUGUCAGGCAUGUGUGUGUGUGUGUUUUAGUGCUGUUAAAAUCAGACAUCCCGUUCUGAGAAAACGGGGCAAUUCCACGUGUAAAACAUACAGAACUUCCACUGUCAAAUCCAGUUUAGUUGUAAAUUCAGUCUUAUAAGCAUUGCGGUGAAGAACUCCUAAAAACAAAGGAUCCCAUAUUCCUAUAACUUCAAUAUAUAGCUAAUAUAUAUGAGCUAAGACAAAAGCAAAAAUCCCUAAUCUCUGUGUUCAUGGGUAGCUAGGCCAAGAAAACCAAACUACUGUACUUGUUGAAAAGGUAAACUCAAAACAAACAUGGCUGAAAUGGAAUCCAAAGGAAUCUUUGUAGGUUUUCCUUGUCUAAUCCAUUGAUCAACUACUUUUUUCCGCUUUAACAGUAGCAGUGGUAUUUAUUGACAAAAUAGCAUGUCAGUUCUGUCCUGCGGAAGAAGGCAGCAUUAAUCUCCCCCUCCCUUUCUUACGGACAACCUAUUUGCGGCAUUCAUUUUUCAUCUCCAUGAGUGACGGGAACGUAACGUGCCACCCCGCCAUUAUGCAAAAACCUCAAGUAUUUUAUUUAUCUCAUUAAAUUGUUUCGACCCCAAACAAUUUUGGGGGGGAGGGAGUGCCAAAAGCAGCUUCCAAACAUCUGUAGUAAAAAAUAAAUAAAAAAGCUGUGUCCUAAUGUUUACAGUCUAAAAUACAUGACAAGGAAGAAGGGAUUGGGAAGGAAAAGGGAGGAAAACUAGCUCAGGCACCACAACCUAGCAAUUCUAAAAUACAGACACGCUUUUACUCUCUCAAGAUUGAAUGUCUUGCCCUCGGCUGUACUUGAGGGACGAUUCCAACAGAUUCCAUACGAAAAAUGCUUCUGUCCCUGUGGAGAUGGCAGUCCCGAAUCGGUGGCGCAUGCACUCUUUAUAAAGACUUGAGGAAUGAGAUUAUCACCCCUCUUUUAUUGUCCAUUCCAGGUUGCCCAGCCACUGCCCCAGUGUCCUUUCUCUUGGCAGAUCAAGAUGAGCAGGUGACAGCAAAGUUUGCCAGGUUUUUAGCUGGGGCAAUCAGAAUAAGAUCCACCAUUUGACUACUGAUUCAGAACCCUAAAAUGUAUUUUACAUAAUUGACUUUUUAUUUCUAUUCUUUGUAUAUCAUAUUAUUGUUUCAUUGCUACGGCCGAUGGCUGACACAUAUAAAGAUUCAUUCAUUUAAGCUCAGGCACCUGUUCUCAAAAUGAUUCGCUGGGAUUGAAUGGUUCAAAUUGCCUGAUGCAAUGGCUGCUGCUAGGUGACAGUUUAGGGAGAGCUAAAGAGAGCUGAAAAUUAGCAGAAAUUAUGGGAUAGCCCUGCUUCUCUUCCCCUCUGCUUCUGCCUGAUGGAAGGAGCAUAAGAAUCAAGGUGGUUAAGUCCAGUGGUUGAUCUAUAAUUUUCUAUAGCGGGUGGUUGUGGACAAAUUCUGGCUGUAAAUGAUUAAGCUGAUAAAAACAGGAAUAUAUCCAGCCCUGCGAGAUAAUAUUGUAAGUAAUAAUAAGAAUAAUAAAAAGGCUGGUGGCAAUUUAGCUUUUAACCUGAGGAGUGAGAGUAGCUUUGGGAUGUUACGUUGUUUGCCAAGUGCUGCUGUUUUGGUCUGUUUGAGGCGGAUGUGGAUUGUGUAACAUUGAUAUAAGUGAGUAACUCAGUUCAUAGUAUCAUUUUUGGUUCCCGUGCACCAAUACGAUUGUACAGAGAUCUAGUUUCUUGUUACCACGUUGUGCCGUUGAGAUGGUACUUGCUAACAAAUACACCUUUCAGAAAAUUUGGUGGCUUGGUACGUUAGAGGCUUGGUUUUAAACAUUUGUGGAACUGCUACUCGUGUGUCGUAAAGGGAUCUUGAACAGUCUAGUUUAAGGCUAUUGGUAACAAAGGGAGAGGAACCGUUCAGGUCAGUUUUACGAUACCUGUGAAACAUGGCUCGGCCGAGUUUAAUUCUUUGGAUUGCCACAUCAAGCUCAUGGUCUUUCUGUUUCUGUUUUCCACCCUGAAAUUAAGACCUGGCCAGUGUACAAAUUAAAGCAGCAAAAUCAUGUGAGUGGGUGAAGAAGCCAGGCAUGUCUGGAUAUGAAAUGCUUUGGAUGUUGCUGAGCCACUGCUACAGUCAGUGGGAAACGCUGAGCUGGAUUUGUUUGAUUGAAUUAAGACAACUUCCUACAUUCAUAUAAUAUAGCGGUACCUUGAUUCUCAAACUUAAUCCGUUCUGGAAGUCCGUUCCAAAACCAAGGAGCGCUUUCCCAUAGAAAGUAAUGCAAACUGGUGAACUGUUCUAGACUUUUCAUGACCAUAGAAUUGUAGAGUUGGAAGGGAAUACAAUUGCUUCUAGCAAUUUCAGAUCAAGUGCUGUCAGAGGGCUCACUCAAAACCCUCUUGCGCUAGUGGUGGCGAGAAGAGACAAGACAGAACAGCUUGUCAAAUGCCCUGGCUGAAGAGAACAUCACGUCCAGAGCAGGCAAGAACGUAUUGUGAAACUGAAAGUUCAUCCAUGACCAACGUGGAAGGUGGCUUCUCAAAAGCUUUUGAACCCCAGUUGUUUUUACUGGACACCAACUUCAACUCCCCCCCCCCCCAAUGCAUAGAUAAAUGGUGGCUCAGAUCUUCACUGCAAGGAAAUCUAAACCUCCUUGUUAGGAACACAGGAAUAGCGAAACUGACUUGAAAAUGUCCUCUUGGACAUAUUUUCUGGGAACCAGAUUUUACUAUAAGAUCAGUAUUGCGCCGAGGGGUUUUAUAUGAGCUUGACCACCCCACGAUAGCACUGUUUUCAUUGUCCUUGCUGCUAGUGGCGUUGAUAGGUUUUAAUCUAAUCACAGAAUUGUUGACUUGUAAGGGAUCCUGAGGAUCUUCCAGUUCAGGGUUUCCCAAACUUGAGUCCCCGGCUGUUUUCAGACUACAGUUCCCAUCAUCCCUGACCGCUAGCUAGGGAUGGUGGGAGUUGUAGUCCAAAAACAGCUGGAGACCCAAGUUUGAGAAAUGCCAAUCUAUUCCAACCCAUUUCAAAGCAGGAAUAUGCAGCUGUCCCUUACGGGGAUCAAACCUGCAACCUUGGCGUUAUCAGCACCACAUUCUAACCAACUGAGCUAUCCGGGGUCAUGUUGAAGUAUAUAUUCUUGUUUUAUUUGGCCCCUAUCUGUAGGAUGAGGACACGGGUGGCACUGUGGGUUAAAUCACAGAGCCUAGGACUUGCCGAUCAGAAGGUCGGCGGUUCGAAUCCCCGCGACGGGGUGAGCGCCCGUUGCUCGGUCCCAGCUCCUGCCAACCUAGCAGUUUGAAAGCAUGUCAAAGUGCAAGUAGAAGUGCGGGAAGGUAAACGGCGUUUCCGUGCGCUGCUCUGGUUCGCCAGAAGCGGCUUAGUCAUGCUGGCCACAUGACCCGGAAGCUGUAUGCCGGCUCCCUUGGCCAAUAAAGCGAGAUGAGCGCUGCAACCCCAGAGUCGGUCACGACUGGACCUAAUGGUCCCUUUACCUUUACCUUAUCUGUAGGAUGGGAUAGUACAGAAACUGAAAUCUGCUUUCCCCCUACCCCCUACUCAGCUCUGUCUUUACUUGCCUUUUUGCUCCCUUUUCUUGCUCAUCUCAGACCAAACUAUCGGCUGCCUGGCCGUUUGAUCUUGCUGUUUUCUUGCCAUUUGGCUCCUUCCUACAGACAGGAAACCAGGCUUUUCAGUCUUCUGGCUGGUGAACAUCUUAUGUAACCUGUUAAGACUAUGAUUUCUGCAAAAUCUGUUCUUUGCAUAUGUACAGACACACCAGAAAAAUGCUAUGAGAUUUUCUUUUAUGCCUCGUCCAGUAAUUCCCAAACAACGUAUGUGCCAUGGGAAAACUGCUACUGGGCAGCAAGGCACUGGCCUGUUCAUCCUCUGCUUAGUCUGCUGCAUCUUCAGAGAAGGUGACAUGUUGUAUCUCUGUAUGAAUCACUGCUCUGAGCUUCCAGUCAGGUGACAUGCUGAGGAUGGCAACUUACACAGAAAUGCAGGGACAGGGUUCUCCUCUGUGGGCGUAUGUGCAUGUAGUACUGUGUCUCUAAUCUUCAUUCAGAAAAAACCGAGACACACUUCAAUAGUACAGUGGUACCUCUGGUUGCAAACGGGAUCCGUUCCAGAGGCCCGUUCGCAACAUGAAAAGAACACAACCUGCAGCGGCGGGUCCGUGCACACAUGGGUUGCGAUUCGCCACUUCUGCGCAUGCUCGUGACAUCAUUUUGCAUGUCUGCACAUGCGCAAGCGGCGAUACCCGGAAGUAACCCUUUCUGGUACUUCUGGGUUGCUGCGGGACGUAACCUGAAGCAAACUGUACAGUUAUCUUGAUUUUAUUUGUUUUUUUAUGUGAAAAGUUUCCAUUAAUAGUAGACUGUAGAAGGAAAACAGGUGACUGCAUUGGAGAAACAGGUUGUUCACAGCAGAACAAAUGUAACUGCUUGGUUGGAGGAAAUUGUGAGCAGCUUAGAGGCAAAGGAAACACAUGUCAGGUCUGGCAGGAAGUAGGGCUGGGCAAUAUUUCACCAGAUAAACAUCACGAUAUACUGAUGUACAGUGGAACCUUGAUGCUCGAACGGCUUCAUUGACAAACAAAUCGGCUCCCAAACGCCGAAAACCUGGAAGUAAGUGUUCUGGUUUUCUGACUUUUUUGGAAGCCGAACGUCCGAUGCGGCUGUCAGCUAUUGUUUCCGGGGCGCCUGCACCAAUCGGAAGCUGUGCCUUGGCUUCCGAAUGUUUUGGGAGUCGAACGGACUUCUGGAACGGAUUAAGUUCGAGAACCAAGGUACCACUGUAUAGUGAUAUAUCACAAUGUCUGAAAUCACGAGGGAGCUAUGUGGAGGCUGGCUCCACAGUUUUCCCCACAUUCUGAUUUUUGCAUCGGACAUACACACAAACACACACAUAAUGAUUUGUGAUGUAUUAUUGCCAGGUCAGAAAUGAUGAAGCUGAUAUCACGAUAUGCACUUGAAACUGGUUUUGGGUGAUAUAUUGCCCAGCCCUAAAAGGUGUCAGUCUCUCUGUUCUUCUGUGUCUUGCUGGUCAGACUUUCCAAAGCCAUCUUAGUAUUUCAUAGUAACUGUAGCCCUUCAAUUUUGAGAUAUUACUUGGACUACUCUGUAAACCAGAUUUUAAUAUCCAUGUUAUAAAAUGGUCCAGUUGUAAUGCUAGAGUUUUCAUAUUGGAAUAUCUGAUAAAUGGAAUGGCUCAUCAGAGAUGUAAUAAUGCAUAUAAAUGUCUCAGGUAUACAGAUACUAGUCAUUUUUCGCAGCUAACAGUGAAUUUAAAGUUAAUUUCCCACUUUUUUCUAGUUUUUGGUUAUGACCUUAUUUUUUUUUUAAAAGGGGGGGGGUCAAUGUUCUUUGCUAUAUAACUGUUACUGACUCAAAAAUGACAAACAUCUCUACUGUUGAAGGCAUUUUAAUUAUUCUGUGCCUAAAUAGUAUUCUUGAAAAUAAAUAAAAAUAUCCAAAAUGGGGAGAGGGACAAGUUAAUGUUGUCUCCACGGCUGCAUUUAAGACAUCUGUAUCUCUUAUUGUAGAAUGCCGUCCUUACUUCCCUUCCAAUGAUUCAUGUUUCAGUUUUGAAUUCACCGGCGUAUCUUCUGCAUAUUGAAGAUAUCUUUGCUGUUAAACAGAGUGUUUAUCAUGGAAACGGUCAAAAGCAUAUGAUGUGAAUGACUUUCCCCCCAUCUGGAGGUUGAUAAGGCUCUGCUGACACACAGAAGAAAACGGUGUCAGAAUGAUUUGCAAUUGCGUCUUGAUGUUACUUCCAUAAAGAAGAAAAUAUUGUAGCUUUUCUACAUUCCUACGGCUUUUACAUUGUAGGGUUCGGAGUUUGUUUGGUGUUUGGGUUGUUUUUGUGUGUUUGCACGUCGUGUUCUAGUACAGUGGUACCUCAGGUUACAUACGCUUCAGGUUACAUUCAUUUCAGGUUAUAGACUCCGCUAACCUAGAAAUAGUACCUCAGGUUAAGAACUUUGCUUCAGGAUGCGAACAGAAAUCGUGCUCCGGUGGCGUGGCGGCAGCAGGAGGCCCCAUUAGCUAAAGUGGUGCUUCAGGUUAAGAACAGUUUCAGGUUACGUACGGACCUCCGGAACGAAUUAAGUACUUAACCCGAGGUACCACUGUACUCAUCUUCAGUUUUAGAAACUCAGAUAUAUAAGCUAGGUGCCAAAUGGCUCCUUAAACCAAGGUUACAGUCGCCGAAAUGGAACAUCUAGUUGCCAUUUUGGCGCAAGACUGCUCCAGUGUCUUAUUUUUCAAAUGAUGGACUGACUUUGAUUGAUUCUUAGUUAGACAUCCGGAUAGUUCAGAGGACAACCUUGAGCUAGGUUAAGAGCUUUGAGAACUUGAAGAAAAGUCACUUGAUUCAGGGACAGUUCACAUAUAUAUUGGCCUAAUCCAACUUCUUUUUUGUAACAGUGACACAGACCAUUUAUAGCAAUAAUAUUCUCCACAACUUUGAGCAGGGCAUCGGGGUGGGGUAAGUGACGACAAGCGACAACAAUUAACUACAACGUUGUUUUCAGCUCCUGCUCAGGCUGGUUUUGGUUCCUGAAAUUCGUUCUGAUUGUACAGAUAAAAUAUAACAGAAUUAUACAGGGUAGGGUACUAAGUGCGUGAAAACAGUCAAGAUCCAAGGAUUGCCAGGCAUGCACCUCCAGAUGGUGGAGACGUCAGGCACCAUCCUAGCAUCCAGGCAUCUUCUCUUGGUCGUGGUGUCUGAUAGCCAGGUGCAAAAUGCACCUUGUUGUUGUUGUUUAGUCGUGUCUGACUCUUCGUGACCCCCUGGACCAGAGCACACCAGGCAAUUCUGUCUUCUGCUGCCUCCCACAGUUUAGUCAAACUCAUGCUGGUAGCUUUGAGAACACUGUCCAACCAUCUCGUCCUCUGUCAUCCCCUUUUCCUUGUGCCCUCCAUCUUUCCCAACACCAGGGUCUUUUCCAGGGAGUCUUCUCUUCUCAUGAUGUGGCCAAAGUCUUGGAGUCUCAGCUUCAGGAUCUGUCCUUUCAGUGAGCACUCAGGGCUGAUUUCCCUCAGAAUGGAUAGGUUGAUCUUCUUGCAGUCCAUGGGACUCUCAAGAGUCUCCUCCAGCACCAUAAUUCAAAAGCAUCAAUUCUUUGGCGAUCAGCCUUCUUUAUGGUCCAGCUCUCACUUCCAUACAUCACUACUGGGAAAACCAUAGCUUUAACUAUACAGACCUUUGUUGGCAAGGUGAUGUCUCUGCUUUUUAAGGUGCUUUUUAAGAUGCUGUCUAAGUUUGUCAUUGCUUUUCUCCCAAGAAGCAGGCAUCUUUUAAUUUCGUGGCUGAAAUUAUGGAUCACUGCCAAGCCGUGGUGAAGGGGCUUGAAUAACUCAGAGAAGUUAUGAACUAUGCCGAGCAGGGCAUCCAAGAUGAACACGUCAUAGUGGAGAGUUUAGACCAAACGUGAUCCACCUGGAGGAGGAACCGGCAAGCCACUCCAGUAUCCCUGCCAAGAAAACUCCAUGGACAAAGACAACAGGCAUAUAAAAAUGCACCUAGCACCUGUCUAAUUUCGAACACUGCUCAUCUUGCUUCACAAGUAUAUCAAGUUUGAUAACUUUAAAUGGGAACAAUAGUGUUUGCGCACUCCUACUCGCAAACAGCAAAUGGUUUGCUCAACAUAACAUUGUUUUGAAACACACUAGUAAUAGUGAGGGUAGGAAAGGCUUGGCAUUGUAAGAUUUCUUUUGCCAUGGUUGUGAACAGCCCAGCAAAAUGGGAAAGGCUUGCUGCAAACCAUUGAUCUUUUCUGUGCAGGAGUCUAAUAUGCAGAAAUGAGCCUGGUAACUUGUUAGUUUUCCUCCUCCUGGCUUGGUAAUAGAAUGUGUAAUAGAAAAAUAACCACCCACGUGGUUUAAAUGUACUGCCUGGUUCGAUGGAGUUGAAAAUGUACUAUUGCUAGAUGGGGGAAAUGGUUCAAAUAGGUUUUGACUUUGGAGAUUACCUUUAGCUGACUAUAGGUAAAAAGGGAAAGGGAAAGGACCCCUGGACGGUUAAGUCCAGUCAAAGGUGACUAUGAGGUUGCGGCGCUCAUCUUGCUUUCAGGAUGAGAGAGCCGGCGUUUGUCCACAGACAGCUUUCCGGGUCAUGUGGCCAGCAGGACUAAACUGCUUCUGGCACAAUGGGACACCAUGACGGAAACCAGAGCGCAUGGAAAUGCCGUUUACCUUCCUGCUGCAGCAGUACCUAUUUAUCUACUCUAGCUGGUAUGCUUUCAAACUGCUAGGCUGGCAGAAGCAAUGGGAGCUCACCCUGUCAUGCAGAUUCAAACUGCCAACCUUCCAAUCGGCAAGCCCCAAGGUUCAGUGGUUUAGACCACAGCGCCACCCAUAUCCCUUUUAGCUGAUUAUAUCAGCUAUUGUAUACCAUCUUUCGGAAAAUAUUUCAAUUAGAAAGCUGGCUAAUAUAUCAAAUGGAAACUGCAUUUUAGGACUGCUUGGGGCUGUGGAUUCUGAGUCCUGGAAGCUGCAUACAGCUGUUGUGGCUAUGUAUAUUGUGGCAUGAUGCGAGGCUGACAUGGUAGAGAGAUGAAUGCUUGCUGGCAUUUUUCUUUGCACUGAUUUUUUUCCCCUUUUCCUUUUUUGCUUUGCUUGAAGAUUUUGAUGUGAUGAUUCAGUGGAAACCAACCUGACUCACGUUAUAAACAUUUCAUAAACAUGAGACUAUCAUCAAGUAAAAAUGAAACUGGUUCCCAUAACUGCCAUUUAUGGGGGGGGGCGCGAAGAGAGGUAAAUUUGGGAGGUGCGGUUCAAAGAACUAAAAAAAUAAACAUUUUUACUUUCGGGAAUUCUCACUAUGGACACAAGCAAGUUUGAUUUCCAUUCUCCCAUCUUGCUUUACUCCUUACGGUCUUGCACCCAAAUUUCAAAGGUCUACGUCAUUUUUAUUCUCCUUGAAUUUUAUCUGUGAGAUUAUAAAUCUAUUAAUAAGUGUGUGUGUGUGCGCGCGCACACACCCUUGAUGUGCAGGUGUCUUGAUUGACUUAGAAACCAUUCCUUAUGUCUACUCAGAGGUAAGUCCCACUGAAUUAAAUGGGUCUUACACCCAGGCAAGCAGCUAUGGAACUGCAACCUCAGCUUCAAAAAUGUGGUGUAUUGGCUUACAGAAAUGUAAAGUAGUGGAUCCAGUGUUUUGAAUUGUUGUGCUUCACUUUUGUAAACUUCCCUGAGUUGUUGCUUUUAACUGAAGAGUACUAGAGAUGUAUACUAAAUAAUAGUAAGUUCUGUAGACCUUGUUUUAAGGGGUUUUUUCCUAGGAAAGAAAAACAGUUUAGAAAGAAUGUGUCACUCUGCACGUGUAGCAGUUUUUGUGGCUCUUGGCAUUCCUAGCCUGCUUUUUGCCUGCUAUAGUUGCACAGUGACAUUCCAAACUUACUUAUUUGUCACCCUAUGAUCUUAAACAGUUAAAUGGUUUAAAACAGGCUUCCUCAACCUCGGCCCUCCAGAUGUUUUUGGCCUACAACUCCCAUGACCCCUAGCUAGCAGGACCAGUGGUCAGGGAUGAUGGGAAUUGUAGUCUCGAAACAUCUGGAGGGCCGAGGUUGAGGAAGCUUGGUUUAAAACAAUUUAAAAGCCCAUAUAAACCAUUCAAAUACAACUAUGAUCCAACAAAACAGACAAACUGGAAUAAAGAAUUUAAAGAGUAAACAUAAAUGCCAUAAUCUUCACGUAGUCUUCGUUGGACCUGUGCCAGUAGUGAAACGUACCUGGCACCUGGGGAAUGUGAUAUAGUUGCCCCAUAGCAGAAGUACUCUAGGAAGGCAGGGUAGUAUAAUGGUUAGAGUGUCAGACUAGCACCUGGGAGAUCAGGAUUCUAAUCCCCACUCUGCCCUAUAAUACUAAUACUAAUACUAAUACUAAUACUAAUACGAAUACUAAUAAUUUAUUUGUACCCUGCCCAUCUGGCUGGGUUUCCCCAGCCACUCUGGGCGGCUUCCACAAAGACCAAAAAUACACUAAGAUGUCACACAUUAAAAACUUCCCUGAACAGGGCUGCCUUCACAUGACUUCUGAAUGUCAGGUAGUUGUUUAUCUCUUUGACAACUGAUGGGAGGGCGUUCCACAGGGCGGGUGCCACUACCGAGAAGGCCCUCUGGUUCCCUGUAGCUUUGCUUCUCACAAUGAGGGAACUGCCAGAAGGCCCUUGGCGCUGGAUCUCAGCCCAGUGGGUGACCUUGGAGUCAAUCACAGCCUCUCCGCCUACCUCACAGGGUUUCUGUAGGGAUUAACUGAGGAAGGGGGCGAACCACGUCUUCUUUGGAGAAAAAGGCUGCCUUAAUGGAUGCAGGUGAUUUGGGGAGGAAGUCAAUGUUGUGCGCUUCCAACCGUUCCGUCAGGGCAAGGAUUUCAGAUUACUGGAUGGAAUGACCCCUCCUCCCCCCUGCACAGGGGGUUCUCCCAGCUUCAGGGGCUAUUUUGUGGGGUGUGGGAGGUGCCUGGGGGGAGGAGGGGGGUAUCUCAUAUGACGUAAGCAGAAGACAUUGCUGGUUACUACAAACAUCUAGUUAAAUGCCAUUGGGGAGGGGGAAACGAACAGUUAACACUGCAUCUCACUAAUUGGCAGAAGCCGUCAAUUAUAGACGACAUAUUUAGCCGUUUUUCUUCAGUAAUUAAGAUCCAAGAUCCCUUUCCUGGAGGGCCCUAUAAUUUGUGGUUGUUUUUACCAAAGCUGUGUAUUAGGGCAUAAAACCUCACUAACAACGCUUUAGGUUUCCUUUUUUUCAAUUUCCGCCACAUUAUUAAUUUCCUAAGGAUGCAUGUGAGACUGCCAUUUUUCCACCCAGGAAGUGUUGUAUUUGUAAAUAUUGGAACUGCAGGGAAGGAUAAUUUGUAGAUCUGUCUCAGGUGUCUCCCCUUUGUUGCCCUUCACUAUUGGAACGUUUUGGUUGCAAUAGAGGUUAGAUCAUUUAAUGAAAAAGCCGGAAAGGAACUUAUUUUUUUAAAAAAUGCUGACUUAUAAAGUCUUAGUGCCAAGGUUUUCUGCUGAAACCUGUCUGACGAGUCAGUGGAGUUUGCGUACAGCACAGUCUAUGGGGAAGAUGAAUUAAAAACAAAAAAACCUGAUUGAGGUGAAUCAUCACACCUUAAAUUUAAGAAGUGAUAAUUCACCUCUGUCAAGUUUGCAAUUAAAAAGUAAAUGCUAAUGAGUAUUGUCGUUCUUGUUAGGAUAUUUACCAGCCGUUCCAACGAAUACUCGGUGUAGUCACUUUUCCCAUUUCCUAGGGAUAAUAUCGCCCUUUCCUUCAAUUUCCGCUUGACACUGUGGAAUCAGAUACGUUCCAUUUGACAGCUGUGAAAGUCAUUGUUAGCUGUGAAAGUCGGUGUUACGAACAUAUAGCAAGUAGUGAAAUAGGAUACUGCUGGUGUAAGUUGGAAUUAAUUUUUAAAAUAAACCAUUUCUUGUGUUACUGUGGCCUUUCCCACUGCUCCUCUAUAUUGAAGGAAGAUUUCGUUUGUUUGUUAUGUAUGUGUUUUCCUGAUAACGUCCUCUAAAAUAAACAUUUUGGUGAAUUAGUCCACUUAUGUUAAUAACUAAUACUGUUAUCUUCAUUGUUAUUGUAACUUCCUCAGACUAAAUUUGCUUGUGCUCUGCUGUGAGGCUACGCAGGUAUAGUCAUACCUUGGCUCCCAAUGCCUCAGGAGUCGAACGUUUUGGGUCCCAAAUGAUCGAAAACCAGAAGUGAUGGUUCUGGUUUUUGAAGGUUCUUUCAGAAGCUGAACGUCCGACGGGGCUUCCGCGGCUUCCGAUUUGCUGCAGGAACUUCCUGCAGCCAAUCGGAAGCCACGCUUUGGAAGCUGAACGUUUUGGAAGUCGAACAAACUUCCGGAACGUAUUCUGUUCAACUUCCGAGGUACGACUGUAUCCCCCCCCUCCAAAAAAUGCCCAUUACAAAGUAUCCUUUUGUAAUAUACUGAGACAAAACAGCUACUUAGUCUAAAAGAGAACAAGAUCAGGAGGAAGACAAGGAAAGGAGAAACCUAAAGAAAGAGAAACCGAGAGAAGAGGAAAAGAAAGGGGGGGAAUAAAGAAAAAGAAGAAAUAAAAUAAAAGGACUUCCUGUUCUCUGUCCUGUAGCUACAUAUCAUAUUAAUUCCUUAAGAUCCAACCAUUCUGUCUUCUAGAAACCAGUAUUUUGUCAGUCUUCAAAUCCAGAUAUUACAAGUUCAUUUUCUCUCUCACGCAAAAAGCCCAUAAGAAAUUUCCAGUCCUUAAUAAAUGUCAGCUCUGUUUUCAUGUAUGGAGCAAGAGGGGAACGUGGGGAGGGGAAGAAUUAGACCCUUCUGCCGUGAGGGUAGAGAAGGAGGAUUGUAUCAUUUCUUGAAGAAUUUCCAUAUUGACUGGAGUCUGCUGCUCUAGACAAGUCCAACCAGUUGCUUAAUGCUAGCAGUUUUGUUGCAUACUGAAUUAUGAUAACUUGAAAUAUUUGGAAGCCAAGUUCUGUGGCAUAAUUAAGAACAUAAUGCCAAUUGUUAAAAAUGUGUCUCUUAUAGGGUUUAAGGAAUGUGCAGUAAUGGAUAUUUCCAAAUAUUUUCUCUUUCUCUUUCUCUUUCUCUCUCUUUUUGUCAUAAACACACACACACACACACACACACACACACACACACACACACAGCGCUCACGUUGGUAGGGCCACUUGGAAGCAGCUUGUUGAGUUUGUUUUGCUUUCACUAGGAAGAGGUAAUUAAGUGUAAUUUAAUAAGAAGCUAUUACCUUUCUAAAUUAAUGUAAAUCAAGUGUUAACCUAUUUCCAGGUUACAAAAGUUGGAGCAAGUGUUGUCUUAAUAGGAAGUGAUAGAAGAGAAGAUGUCUACGUGGUGUAGAAAUACUCUGGAACAAGCAUUUUGAAAAUUAUUUGUAUAUGAGAAAGCAGACUUGGUUUUGCAUGCUAUUUUGUUGCAGAGAAAUAUAACGUUAAUGGCAUCUGCAUAUGUAUUUGCUGUGAAUGGACAUGUUGGCCGUGUUUGGAGCCAUCCCAGUUCUUAGAACGUGCAUUUGCUACCUUGUCAUAACUUCGCUCAUCUGUUGGGCAUUGGAAAGGACUGGCAGGAUUGGGGUGAAACUAUAAGCUCAAUGUUGGAGCAGAGAAAUACCGCUGCUUUGGUUAAAAUUUGAAUAUAUAUAAAAAGAAAAUUAAGGGACCCCUGGAUGGUUAAGUGUAGUCAAAUUCAACUAUGGGGCUGCAGCGCUCAUCUUGCUUUCAGACCGAGGGAGCCAGCGUUUAUCCACAGACAGCUUUCCAGGUCAUGUGGCCAGCAGGACUAAACCACUUCUGGUGCAACGGGAUACUGUGAUGGAAGCCAGUGCACACGGAAAUGCCAUUUACCUUCCCGCCGUAUCGGUACCUAUUUAUCUACUUGCAGUGGCGUGCUUUCAAACUGCUAGGUUUGGGUGGCGCUGUGGUCUAAACCACUGAACCUCUUGGGCUUGCUGAUUGGAAGGUUGGUGGUUCGAAUCCGUGUGACAGGGUUAGCUCCCAUUGCUCUGUACAAGCUUUUGUGCAUAUAUAUAUAUAUAUAUAUAUAUAUAUAUAUAUAUGAUAUUAAACAUGUUAGUAGUUAUUGAUGCUUUUGGAUUAUAGUGCUGGAGGAGACUUUUGAGAGUCCCAUGGACUGCAAGAAGAUCAAAUCCAUCCAUUAUGAAGGAAAUCAGCCCUGAGUGCUCACUGGAAGGACAGAUCCUGAAGCUUAGGUUCCAAUAUUUUGGCCACCUCAUGAGAAGAGAAGACUCCCCAGAAAAGACCCUGAUGUGGGGAAAGAUGGAGGGCACAAGGAGAAAGGGAUGACAGAGGACGAGAUGGUGGGACAGUGUUCUCGAAGCUACGAACAUGAGUUUGACAAAACUGUGGGAGGCAGUGGAAGACAGGAGUGCCUGGCGUGCUCUGGUCCAUGGGGUCACGAAGAGUCGGACACGACUAAACGACAACAGUUAUUGAAGGAAUAUUUUACACAAUUUGAAGCUGGAGUGGCUUGUUUGUUAUAAUCUGAUGAGUGAGUGUUCCCAUUUGUAGGCCUCUGUGUCUCUAUGGUACUUGCCCAUUUAGUUAUGAUAUAUCUAUAAAUAUUGCAACCGCAGUUGCAUGAAUCUUCCUUAUCUGUGUGCCCUGUUCACUGAGAGGUUUGUUUGUGUGUAAAUAAAAUACCUUACACACACAUACACACGCAUAUGUUUCAGUUACACAUAGAGGAGUCAACUGGGGAGCAUCCCAUAGAAGGGCCUGGGCUGUGGCUUUGUGUGAAAGAAGAAUGAUGUCUUUUCUAUCAAGAAUUUAGGAGCAUUAACUGCUAAGGGAGAUCUUUCCUGUUAAGCAGGAACGGACUUGCCCCCUGCUGCCGCCCAAAUAACCCUUGGUAUGUCUGUUGAGGCCGCCUCAGCAGAAGCAGAAAGACCUGAAUGGGUGCUCUUUCACGUCUUCAGAAGAAAGGGGUGCUAAAAAUAAGGCAGGGAAAUGUUUUAAUUAUCUCUUGCUAGAUGUUGGCACGAUGCUUGAUGGGUUAAUUCUACCAGUGCUUUGAACCUAUUGGAGUUUUUGGUGAAUAAAUUGAACCUACUGGAGUUUUUGAUGAAUAAAUUGAGAGAAAAGUCGCUGCUUUUGAUGUCACACUGGAGUCAGUGUGGUGUUGUGGUUAAGAGUGGUGGACUCGUAAUCUGGUGAACCGGGUUCGCUUCCCCGCUCCUCCACAUGCAGCUGCUGGGUGACCUUGGGCUAGUCACACUUCUCUGAAGUCUCUCAGCCUCACUUACCUCACAGAGUGUUUGUUGUGGGGGAGGAAGGGAAAGGAGAAUGUUAGCUGCCUUGAGACUCCUUCAGGUAGUGAUAAAGCUGGAUAUCAAAUCCAAACUCAUCUUCUUCUUCACAAAACUUGACAGUCAGUUGUAUGUUUGAAUGUGGGAGGGAAUCUUCAGUUUUAUAACAUGUUGGGUCUUUGGUGUCCCCUGGUUGUAGUGUUUUGAAAGAGAGCAAUAAGCCAGUGACAACCCAGUCUAUAUAUCAGGAAUAGGGACACGGGUGGUUCUGUAGUCUAAACCCCAGAGCCUCUUGGGGUUGCUGAUAGGAAGGUUGGCGGUUCGAACCCGUGCGACAGGGUGAGCUCCCAUUGCUCUGUUCCAGCUCCUGCCAACCUAGCAGUUCAAAAGCACACCAGCGCAAGUACAUAAAUAGGUACCGAUGCUGUGGGAAGGUAAACGGUGUUUCCAUGCGCUCUGGUUUCCGUCACGGUGUCCCGUUGCGCCAGAAGUGGUUUAGUCCUGCUGGCCACAUGACCCGGAAAGCUGUCUGCGAACAAACACCGGAUCCCUCGGCCUGAAAGCGAGAUGAGUGCCGCAACCCCAUAGCCACCUUUGACUGGACUUAACCUACCAGGGGUCCUUUACCUUUACAUUACCUAUAGAUCAGGGCUUUCCUAGAACAGAGGCUCCUUGCAUUAACAGUUCCUUUAUUUGAUGCUUGCUCUUCUGUUCAGAUGAGUCCCUUCUUGCAUUAGCAGUCAUAGAUUUGGACAAGAGCUACAUAAGAGCCUCUAGCAUCAAUCUGAUAACUUGCAGUAUUACAGGGGGUUUUGAGAUUAGAGGUGGAGAUCAUGAAGAAGAGCAGUGGGGGGAAUGGUAGAUUUUAGGGAAGACUUAUUUCUGAGAGUUUCAGAUGACUCCUUUCUGAGACACCAGGGAUAAAUCUACAAGGAAUAGAAUAAUUCCAGAUUCAUUCAUGUUUAAAAGUUGACAGUAGCCUCUAUGCAGCAUAGCAGUUUUGGGGAUGGUUGGACAGGGCAAAGUGGUUAACCGCAAAUCGGUUAAGAGACUUCUGGUUUCAGGCCAGAGGAACAAAUUACAUAAAUUAUUGUGAAUAUUUUUAAUGUGGUUUUAAAACAAGCGCUGCUGCAAUUUGAAGGGUUAGAAGGGGCACAAAAGGUUUCUUUCUACACACACACACACACACACACACACACACUAUUUUUCUUUUUACAAUUUAGAAUAUUCAUUUAAACAACCUUAAAAUAUUAAUGACUUCCCUUCUUCUCUUUCCUUGGUUCAUUUUGCGUAGCAUAAAUCCCUGCAUAUUUUAUAUAAACUAAACCAUUCACUAUUCCAUUAUUACUUCCAUCAAAACUUAUUUACACCGUUGGAUUUAUCUUAAAGCUGCCAACGUUUUCAAGUGUACACAAUUUCCCCCCAUAUAUUCAAUAAACAUUUCCCAAUCUCCUUUAAAAGAAUGUUCUGCUUAUUCUAUAAAUUAGAUCCACAAGCUGCGCAUAUUCCAUCAGUUUAAGUUGCCAUUCCUCUUUGGUUCGGACCUUGCUCAUUUUCCAUUUUCGGGCUUAACAAUACACGGGCUGCAGUUAUGGCAUACAUAAGUAACCUUUUUUGACAACAGUGGAAAGGGUUAAGAAACCUCAGGUGUCAGAGCACAAAAGGUUUCUUAACCCUUUCCUCUGUUGUUCAACCCCCAAGCAAAUAUUUGCCUGUGAUCUCGAUUCUGAGCUAGAUGGACCAAUGAUCUGAAUUCAUGUAACUCAGCUUGAUGUAUAAGUUCAGGUUGAUUCUUCUCUUCCUCCUCCCCCCACCUUUUUUUUUUUUUUUUUUUGCUGAGCAAAAGAGAUGAGAAUGCAUACUUUUAGAAUAUGGAUUAUUUUUUGGGGGGUGGGGGUGGAAUAAAAUUAGAAGAGACAGAAUUCCGGCACCCUUGCUCACAGAAAUCUCACCAUCAACAUCCUCUAGGUCAGGGGUCAGCAAACUUUUUCAGCAGGGGGCUGGUUCACUGUCCCUCAGAACUUGUGGGGGGCCAGACUAUAUUUUUGAGGGGGGGGGAGAACAAAUUCCUAUGCCCCACAAAUAACCCAGAGCUGCAUUUUAAAUAAAAGGACACAUUCUACUCAUGUAGAAACACACUGAUUGUCCGCAGGCUGGAUUUAGAAGGCAAUUGGGCCGGAUCCAGCCCCCGGGCCUUAGUUUGCCUACCUGUGCUCUAGGUUCUUUUGGGAUAGUGAACAUGCCUUAAGGGUUGAUUCAUGUAAUAAAUGACUCUCCUGUUAUUCUCUUACCUAUGCAAUUAGAAGAGACCUACCAUCUUCAUUCGGAAUCGUGUGCCUGGAAUAAUUAUCACAUUUUUGUUGUGUUUUUGUUUUAAAAAGAUGGUUCUUAACCUGAUUUCCAUUCAUAAUUUGCAGGAAUCCCCCCAGCACAAUUAUGAUAGAGGAUAAAGGCCCAAGAGUGGUGGACUAUUUUGUAGUGGCUGGACUCACAGAUACGUCAACGCUUCUGGACCAAGAAGUAAAUCGCUCUGAAACAAAGUCGGUUGGCCCCAAAGCUCCCAUCACAGAUCUUGCUAUCAUCAUCAAGUCAGCGGGAGAAACCGUUCCCGAGGGAUACACCUGUGUCGAAGCAACCCCCACAGCACUUCAGGCCAACCUGAACUAUGGCAGUCUCAAAAGUCCGGAGCUCUUUCUGUGUUACAAGAGAAGCAGGGACAAGCCGCCUCUUACAGACAUCGGGUGAGCAGUGUUGCGGUGAAAACAGAUGAUAACAAUAAUAAUUUAUUAUUUGUACCCCACCCAUCUGGCUGGGUUUCCCCAGCCACUCUGGGCGGCUUCCACAAAGACAAAAAAUACACUAAGAUGUCAUUAAAAACUUCCCUGAACAGGACUGCCUUCAGAUGUCUUCUGAAUGUCAAGUAGUUGUUUAUCUCUUUGACAUCUGCUGGGAGGACGUUCCACAGGGCGGGCGCCACCACCGAGAAGGCCCUCUGCCUGGUUCCCUGUAGCUUUGCCUCUCGCAAUGAGGGAACCACCAGAAGGCCCUCGGCUCUGGACCUCAGCGUCCGGGCAGAGCGAUGGGGGUUGAGAUGCGCCUUCAGGUCUACUGGGCCGAGGCCGUUUAGGGCUUUAAAGGUCAACACCAACACUUUGAAUUGUGCUCGGAAACGUACGCUCGGAAAAGGACCUGUUAGUCGUUGAGCUGCAUCAGUGUGGGAGAUAAAAUUGUGGUUUUGCUUUUUAAAAAAAAAAAAAAAAAGACCUUCAGGGUUGGAACUCCUGACAGCCUGUCCUAUCCAAAACUGUACAUGUUUGAAAGAAUGUAAGUACAGUCAUACCUUGGCUCCUUGACGCCGCAAACCCAGAAUUUAGUGUUCCAGUUUAUGAAUCGUUCCUUGGAACCCGAAUGUCCGAUGGGGCUUCUGCAGCUUCCGAUUGGCUGCAGGAGGCCAAUCAGAAGCUGCGCUUUGGUGAUGUUGUGUGUUAGGUCCUGAUGUGUGCUAGGGCUGGGUGAUAUACCGUAUUUUUCGCUCUAUAAGACGCACUUUUCCCCUCCUAAAAAGUAAGGGGAAAUGUGUGUGCAUCUUAUGUAGUGAAUGCAGGCGGGAGGCUCUGUCAGCGCUCCCUUUAAAGAGCCGCGUGGAGCGUGUGGGGGCUUUUCCCGAGGAGGGAGAAGGGCUGCCCUUCCCCCACUUCCCAGAAAAGCCCCCAAGAGCCACGCUCCCUUUAAAGGAAGGAAAGCCAGUAGGCUUGCUUUCGCUGAAGCCAGGUGGGCAAGAGGAAUUGGUGCGCACCGAUCCUGCUUGCUCUCCUGGCUUCAGGGGUAGCCCCGCAAAGCCUCCUGAGCGAAGAUGGAGGAGCGCUCCCUCUUACCUCAGGAUGCUUUGCGUUCCUUUCUUAUUUCUUGUUUUCCUCCCCUAAAAACUAGGUGUGUUCAAUCAUCCGGUGCAUCUAAUAGAGCGAAAAAUACGGUAUCAUCCAAAUCCUGUUGUGAAAUCCAUAUUGUGAUAUCAGUUUCAUCUUUUUUUUUUGCCUGGCAAUAUAUAGCAAAUCAUAAUGUGAUUUUUGCAUAGCACACGAGCGCACGCACACACACAAAAUGUGGGGGAAACCGUGAAGCCGUCUCUCGAUUCCUGCAGCCCCCAUUAACACUGCCGGCUUAGCUCUCCCCUGCCUCAUGCAGAAGCAACGUAUCACAAAAACAGGUGCAGCCAAAAUUACAAUGCUUAGCCGGUGAUCUAUCACUAUGUUGAAAGCCAGAUAUCGCCCAUCUCUAGUUUCCACAAUGCUCUUCGCAAAACCGUCUUCAUGGAAAAGCAGCAGUCAAUGGGAAUUCUUUCGGUAUUCCUUGAGAAUCAUUACAGUGGUACCUCAGGUUAAGUACUUAAUUCGUUCCGGGGGUCCGUUCUUAACCUGAAAUUGUUCUUAACUUGAAGCACCACUUUAGCUAAUGGGGCCUGCUGCUGCUGCUGUGCCACCGGAGCCCGAUUUCUGUUCUUAUCGUGAAGCAAAGUUCUUUUUUUUUGUAUAAUAAUUUUUAUUAACCAACCAAAUCAAAUCAAAUCACAUCACAUAAAUUCCGAAUUACAAAGCCGAAUUUUAAAUUUUUGUUGAGGGGACCCAUAUUUCAAGUUCCGAAGGGGGAUUCCGAUCAUCUUGCUACUGCGUUAAUGUCCAAAUCAGUCCAAAUAAUGUUCAUAAUUCUAUCCAGUCUUAUCUUGCUGUUUCCACAUCUCAUUUUGUUCGUUAUUUUUUUCUUUUUUUCUUUAUGAUCUCUUCUGAUAAUCUCCUUAAGCUGAUAAACACCAAUUAUAACCCUGUGUGAAUUUUUCCAUACGUCCAAUCCUCAUAUCAAGAUAGUUUCCAUAUAUCAUCGCUUUCAUAAAUAACAUCGCUCUUUCCAUCUCGCAGAUCUGUCGCUCUUAAGUCCCUCUGAGGAGUCUCACCCACAAUAUAAAAGCAGCUCUAAUCCUCCUCCCAGACUCAAGUCCUCCGACAGAACUUGCCAACAUGGCGACGGUAGUUUUUACUGCGUCAUUCCAAAGCUCUUAUACUUUCCACGGUCUUCUUAAAACAUGCUUUGGUUAGAAAGUUAUCUCCACACAGUCAUUAAAACGGCAUUUCUGACUUGUGACUUGGGGGGGGGAUUCUUGGUUAAUCACAUAGAGAAAAGAAAGGAAAGUUUUUCCCCCCUCCCCCAUCCAGUCCCUUUGCCAUACCGAGCCUUGGUGAGUCUUCUCAUGAUUUAUUCUUGUUCCUCCGACUCGUCUUGUUUUUCAGAGAUCUCUUCAGUUAGCAGUCGUUACUCCCCCUCCUUCCUUGAAAUAUGUGCAUUCGCUUCCUCCUAAUUGUUUCUUUUGAAGUUAUUGCAGCUAGAGGCGCGGAUCAGAGACAGCGUCCAGGAGCGCCGAAAUCCGCACAAGGGCAUUCUGCCUAGUGCCCCCACCCCCACAAAUUCGGGGGUGGUAUAGGGCACAGCAGGCAAGGGCAGCCCCCCCCCCAACAAACUUGGGGGGGUAGGGAGGCUAUUUACUCCCAUCACAGCCUCCUAAUUACCUUGUGCGGGUUGGAGAGAUGUUAUUGUCAGCCAUCUUCCGAUGCGCCCCUAGUGGCCCCUCCGCAAAGUUCUUAACCUGAAGCACUAUUUCUGGGUUAGCAGCGUCUGUAACCUGAAGCGCAUGUAACCUGAAGCGUAUGUAACCCGAGGUACCACUGUAUUUGUGCUUGAAAGGGAUCCUGUUGAGAAGGGUAUAUAAUUCUAUAAUCGUGCACUGGCAAAUAAUUUGGUACUAUGUGUGUGAAAUGUUCCUGUGUCCGUUAUUCCUCCCUGCUUGCAGAGUUUUAUACGAAGGGAAGGAACGCUUGAUCCCGGGCUGUGAGGUGAUCCAGGCUACUCCCUACGGCCGUUGCGCGAACGUCAACAACAGUUCAGCAACUUCCCAGCGAAUCUUCAUCACCUUUCGGAGGGCUCCCCCGGUGCGACCCCAAAACUCCUUGGCCGUUACCGACAUCUGCGUCAUUGUAACCAGCAAAGGAGAAACCCCGCCUCAUACAUUCUGCAAAGUCGAUAAGAAUUUGAAUUGUGGCAUGGUGAGAUUAAUACGUUGUCGUCUGAAACUUUGGCUUUGUAAUGGGGUGAGGGGGCAGAAAUGCUUUUGGGGCUUGUUGCUUCUGCUAAAAAUGUUUUUUUCCAAUAAUAAUAAUAAAGUAUUUAUUGCACUCUUACCUAAUUUACUUAACUCUGAGUACAGUUUGCGUCACUUCAUUUUCCACAGCUCUGUAUUUCUUCCUUCUUCCACUUCUGCUGCCAGAAUCCAUAUCUAUGAGAUAGCCAACUACUCUCUCUCUCUCUCUCUCUCUCUCUCUCUCUCUCUCUCUCUCUUAAGAACAGGGUAGGAGGGAAGAGUUGAACUUUGGAAGACUGCUGGUGUUAUAGUGAUAAAAAGUAGCUUUUACUUUUGUCAUGAAUAACAGCCGAGCUAUUAAAGUGGAAGUGAAAGAAGUUGAUUUUACUGUUGGCGUUCUUCGUUUGUGAGUUAUAAGCCAGUUGCAAAAGUUUCCAGUGCCUUAAAAAUAAAUAUAUUGCUGUGUUUGUGGUGAUAUACAUGAAAGUAAAACACCUUUUCAAAGUAGUUUUUCAGAUAACGCUACUGAAGUGUAGGCACAGGGUCAGUAGAAUCCAGUUUAGAACAUAUUGGUGUGGGGUUGAAUUUUAGCACUUUUCUGAGUCCCUGAAACUGUUCCAUACAAGACAGAGCAGAACUAGUCUUUCCUUCCCUUUUUACCACAAAUAUACAGAUCAGGAGUGAAGCAAGAGGAGAUAAAACACUAUGCUGAGAUACUUUACAUGUCUAUUUUCGUAAGCGGAGGCCGUUCUAAAUAGGGUAAAUUGAAUGCGUUGAAUAGCAUAGGCGAAAUAUGCAACAUUUAAAGGUGAAUAUGGAAACCAUGAAAGGGGAGGACAGGAAAGUCAGUUGAUAAAGUAACUUAUGGUUUAUGUUAACAUUUGCAAAGUUUUUUUCUUCAUGAAAAAUUAAUAAGAUAUUUUUUUUAAAAAAGAAAACCUUUACCACCCUGGUGUGGAUCCAGUUAGUUUAUUCUUCUUAACUUCCUUUUUUUUUUUUUUACCUUGUCAAAUUGGUCCAAAUUUCUUUUGUUUUUGGAGGAACUGCUGUUUCAGUAGAAUCCGGCCACUGAUAUAUGUGCAGGCGUGAACAAUUUUUUUGGUAUGCAAUUGGCUCUGGGAGGGUUUUGAAAGGCAAGCCGUUCUCCUGUGAUGUUUGGUGCUUUCUCUUUCUCCCACGCACUGACUUCGGUGAUGAUCUCAUUUUUGGUACCUUCGCAGUGGGGUUCCAGUGUAUACCUGUGUUACAAGAAGUCCGUUCCAGCUUCGAACUCCAUUGCAUACAAAGCUGGUAAGUUAUUUAUUUCCAUAUACUGCAGAUAAUAUUAGCACUGAUUUAAAUUUACUUUGGGAUGCAGGUGGUGCUGUGGUCUAAACCACAGAGCCCAAGGGCUUGCCAAUCAGAAGGUCAGCUGUUUGAAUCCAUGCGACGGGGUGAGCUCACAUUGUUUGGUCCCUGCUCCUGCCAACCUAGCAGUUUGAAAGCACGUCAAGUGCAAGUAGAUAAAUAGGCACCGCUCUGGCGGGAAGGUAAACGGCGUUUCCGUGAGCUGCUCUGGUUUGCCAGAAGCGCCUUAGUCAUGCUGGCCACAUGACCCGGAAGCUGUCUGCGGACAAACGCUGGUUCCUUCGGCCUAUAGAGCGAGAUGAGCGCGCAACCCCAGAGUCGUCCGCAACUGGACCUAACAGUCAAAGGAACCUUUACCUUAAAUUUACUUUAAAUUACUUUGCCGCUUACUAAAUUUGCCGGCUGGGAUUUCUUGAUGCCAAAGAGCUUCCACUACUCCACCUUAAACACCAUCCACUUCAUUGAAUAAAGACGUUUGAUUAUACAUUGUUCUUUGUAUUCUGCCAUCCUUCCUCCACUGAACUCAGAGCAGUGUACGUGGGUUUCUCAUUGCACCCUGCCCCCUUUUAUUCCUUUCAUCACCUCGAGUGAAGAUUUGAACCCAGGUAUCUCCAGAACACUAUUCGACCCACUGGAUUUCAUUUCAACCGAAGCGAAUUUUGCAGAAUCUGCAAAAUAAAUGAAUUAGAAAUUGUAAAGCCAGAAAGGACUAUGGAUGGAGAAGCUUGGAAGUGUGUUCACAGUUCCGUGAAGGAACAGCAGCCAGGAAUAACUGGGGAAACUCUGUUUAUUGCCCCAAGAUGUUGCUCUUACCCCAAGAGUUCCUUACAAAAUAACAACACGAGAAGCAUGGGGUAAGGUGAACGGGCCUGUCGGCAUGGAAUCGUUGGCCAGUUAGCACUGAGCCAGCAGAUGCAACAGGACUUUUUCCUCCCUGCUCAUCCGUUCCAGAGGUUCAGCUAGUGCAACCAUUUUGACUCCUUAAGGCAAAUGGGCAAACACAAUAGCUUGUUUUUUAAUGUUCCAGCGUGCCAUAGCAAAAAGCACUGAUCAUAGAGGUGUUGGCUUUUUCCUUUGGGGCGAAUUUAUAACGUAACCGUUUUGAAUGGCACAAGCGAUACGAUACGAUAAUCUUUAUUGUCAUUGUCCCAUACAGAACAACGAAAUUGAAAAAAUCUACACCAGACAUUCAUAAACCAACACGCCUGCUAUCUCAGCUAUCCCAGCUUGGUUAAUCCCCUAAAAACUCUGAUAUCCCAUAAUUAAAUACAAUAUACUCCCAUAGAGACUACCUUACACUGUGUUUAAAACCAAAAUUGUAUUUGCAUUGAAACUGUUUCUCAGGCUGCUAGUCUGAGUCUUUAUAACCCUGUACCUUCUUCCAGAAGGCAGAAGCUGAAAGAGAUCAUUUCCAGGGUGCGUACUAUCCUGCUCUAUCUCUGCAGCUUUCUUAUGACACCUGGAAAUAUAGAUUUGAUCCAAGGUGAUCCAGUCGUUGCUUGGAACUUUUAUGCAGCCUCCCUUAUGGCUUAAAGUCAAAUUUUCACUUAGAAGUAGAAGUUCAUGAUACAUGGCUGCCUAAAUGGUUGUUUUUUAAAAAAACAUAAUGGUUUUGAAUUUUGUUUUGCAACAUGCUUUCCAAUCACGUUAUGUGGAUUAGUCAUGGUUUUUUGCUCCUGAUACCAUACAGCCUUAUCCAGGUUUUUUCUUACUUUGUGAGUGCAACCCUUAACUCCCUGGUGCUGAUCACUGGUGAUGGGGUAAGGUGAUUUAUGGUGUCUUCUCUGCUGGCAGAAAAGAGCGCUGGUGGUACUGGUGGGUUCGACUCUGGAGAGGCUUCAGCUUAGGUGGGCUAUAAGCUCCAGCUGUUGGUUCUCCUUCCAUCAGUAGGCGUUGCCAGGCUUCAAAACAGGGCACUUCAGGUGAGGAGCAGGAGAAUUGCAACCUUUUGGAUCCCAAACCCUGUAGAUCCCCCAAAGGGUUUGACCCUCCUGCCCCUCAGCCUGCCUGGAGUUGGUGAAGCAAAAAAGAGAAGGACCCCUGUCCCAUUUUUGUGCCCCCAUCCCUGGCUAAGAUGAAUGUCCUUCAAAUGUGGGAGAAUCAUAGAAUUGUGGAGUUGGACAAUGAGGCUCAUCUCUUCCAACCCCCUGCAAUUCAGGAAUCUUUCGCCCAGAAUGAGGCUCGAACACAUGACCAUGGCCAUUUAACAUUGCUCUAUACGUAUAUUCUGUUAUCUCCAUACAGAGUAAGAUAACGCGAAACAUGCUUGUAUCUCAUUGUUUUCCCUUUGGAAAGGCUUGAUAUUCAGAUACCCAGAAGAUGACUAUGAGUCAUUCCCCUUAUCAGAAUCUGUACCUCUCUUCUGUCUUCCAAUGGGGGCCACCAUUGAAUGCUGGGACCCUCAAACCAAAUACCCGCUGCCUGUAUUCUCAACAUUUGUUCUGACUGCCUCAAGUGCAGAAAAGGUAUGUCUUGAGAACCGUAGCAUUCUGUUUUCAUAUGUCACAGUUAGAAUCUUCUGUUUUCCUUUCUUAUUGCAUAUCAAAGCCAAACCUGCAUAGUUCCUUGACCUGUCAUAUUGCAUCCCGGUUUAAUAUACAUGUUAGAUAAUAUUUUACUCCAGAAAUGAUGAUGAUGGUGUUGUUGUUUUUGUUGUUAAUAAUAUGCUGCUCAUCGACUGGGUUUUUCCAGCCACUCUGGGCAGCUUCAAACAAAUUAAAAGCAUUAAGCACAGUAAACCAUCAAACAUUAAAAAAAACUUCGCUAAACAGGGCUGCCUUCAGAUGUCUUCUAAAAGUCAAAUACAGUGGUACCUCUGGUUGCGAAUGGGAUCCAUUCUGGAGCCCCGUUCAAAACAUGAGCAGAACGCAACCUGCGUCUGUGUGUGCGCGGGUUGCGAUUCAACGCUUCUGUGCAUGCGCGUGAUGUCAUUUUGAGUGUCUGCGCGAGUGGCGAAACCCGGAAGUAACCCUUUCUGGUACUUCCGGGUCGCCGCAGGACGCAACCUGAAAAGAUUUAACCUGAAGCAAACGUAACAAGAGGGAUGACUGUAGUUGUUUAUUUCCUUGACAUCUGAAGGUAGGGUGUUCCACAGGGCAGGUGCCACUACUGAGAAGACCCUCUGCCUGGUUCCCUGUAACUUCACUUCUCGCAAUGUUAAUGGGCCCUAAUAAUAAUAAUAAUAAUAAUAAUAAUAAUAAUAAUAAUUUAUUAUUUAUACCCCACCCAUCUGGUUGGGCUUCCCCAGCCACUCUGGGCGGCUUCCCAAAAAAUAUUAAAAUACCGUAAUACAUCAAACAUUAAAAGCUUCCCUAAACAGGGCUGCCUUCAGAUAUCUUCUAAAAGUCUGGUAGUUGUUGUUCUCUUUGACAUCUGAUCGGAGGGUGUUCCACAGGGCGGGUGCCACUACUGAGAAGACCCUCUGCCUGGUUCCUUGUAACUUGGCAUACUAGCUACUGAUUUCACUUUGGGGUCCUAUAGCACUGUUGUAUCACACUUCGUGCUUUACCUAAAUCGUGUAUUCUAGCAAUCUUGGGAGUGGGCGGAUAGAAGAAUAUCUCUUUCCUUCCAUGUUUAGAGAAUCAAGAUAACUCCCUUCUCCUCCAGUUGCUGGAGGUAAUUAUUUACGUGGCUCUCCCUCCCCUCCUAUAGGUGUACGGCGCUGCUAUCCAGUUUUACGAGCCUUACUCGCGAGAGCUGCUGUCGGAAAAGCAGCACAUGCAACUGGGCCUCCUGACAGCUGUCGAGAGAAAAGUGGUUACCUCAAAAUCCAUAAAUUCCAACAAGUGCAUCUGCCUUCUGUCACACUGGCCAUUCUUUGAAGCCUUCCGAAAAUUCCUCAUGUUCAUUUAUAAGCUUUCCGUGUCUGGGCCGCAUCCUCUUCCCAUUGAAAAGUAAGUAGGAAGUCAUCCAAGUCUGCUCCUUGUUUUCACGGCUUUUGCGAAAAUGAGGGACAGUUAUGCGAAGGUGCUCAUUCUGGUAUUCUUAUUGCUAAGCUGUGGCGCACGCUGUGAAUUACUGCUGUGGUUUUCCACUGCCAAGCCAUUGCACACGGAAAAGGCAUCUGGGUUUUAUUUUGACUCUUGUGCUGCAUGUGAGUAGAAGUUUCUGUAGGAUAGGGAUGGCACAAAAUAGGAGCUGGUUAUAGGAACACGGGGGAUGCUGUGGUCUAAACCACUGAGCCUCUUGGACUUGCCAAUCAGAAGGUUGGUGGUUUGAAUCCCCGUGACGGGGUGAGCUCUGGUCCCUGCUCCUGCCAACCUAGCAGUUCAAAAGCACGUCACAGUGCAAGUAGAUAAAUAGGUAUCGCUCCAGCGGGAAGGUAAACGGUGUUUCCGUGCGCUGCUCUGGUUCGCCAGAAGCAGCUUAGUCAUGCUGGCCACAUGACCCGGAAGCUGUACGGCGGCUCCCUUGGCCAAUAAAGCGAUAUGAGCGCCGCAACCCCAGAGUCAGCCACAACUGGACCUAAUGGUCAGGGGUCCCUUUACCUUUACUUUUUAUACUCUUGCAUGCUUGAAGAUCUCAAAGUGAAAGCAGCAGAGGUGGAGGAGAACUCCUGUUGUGUCCCGCUGUGCAUUGGUGUGCUGUUAGGGAAGAAACAAAACCUGCUGCUAUGUGGCCUCCUUCCAUUUCCAUUUCCUGUUAGCUUUGCGUUAAAAGGUCAGAAGAACAGACCAGAAUCUGGCAUCACCAACUAAGUUAUUGUUGCCAUAAUAGCCAUGGCAAUAUCAGUACUUCAUUCUCUGGACUGGAAAUGCUGACUGUUAGUUCUACAAGUGCCACAAACGUGUACCUUUUUUUCUGUGUUUAACACGCCCCCAUGUAUAAGACGACCCCUAUUUUUGGGGACUCCAAUUUAAGAAAAUGGGGGGAGAUGGCCCAGAGUUAUUGAGCUUUCUUUUGGGGGGGGAGAAUGCCAAAAAUCACUAACUCAACCGACAAACGCUACAAAUCGCAAGCGUCACCAAAGCCACCGAGUGUCUGCCUGUUUGCCAACAGCAGCCUGCAAUCGCAUGCCCAAUUGCUGCAGCAAUAGCCAAUCCACAGCAGCCCUUGCCGCAGCCACCAAUCACCCACCAAAUCACCACUGACGAGCUCCUGCUCGUGGCUGCAACCAGUAGCCCAUCUCCCCACCUCUGCACUUUCUGUGUAUAAGACAACCCCCAAUUUUUAACAUUAUUUUACAGUAAAAAAAACCUUGUCUUAUACACGGAAAACUACAGUAUAUGAGUUGCAGGUGGGAAGCUGCAGUGAAUUUAGAAUUGCCAUCUGUUUAUCAACUGCCACCACCAGUAGGUUUUGAAAGUGUCCCAAACGCCACGCCUUGGAGGAGAUGUUAACAAACAGUGCAAACAAACCGCAUUGGGUGUCACCUUGAGGGUGCGAUGGAGGCCUCGCCAUCAUUCCUCUUGCACUUGGUCAACUUCACAGGACAUCUUUCACCCCUUGUGCUCUAGUCAUCGCCCAGCCUUGCUGUACCCAUUUUAUGAGCCCCUGAUCUGGAAACAGCACGGAAGGAAAACAUUCAUGCCAUUAGUUUCUUUCCGUUACAGCUCAUCAGGAGCUCAGUGAUGCAGAAUCCGAGCAGGCAGUGGCUCGGAAACAGAGAGAGAGAAGUUAGAUGCAGGAAUGGCACUGCCAUCUUUCUCCUGGGUGAUAACCAUGUUUGUCUAUAUCUGCAUGACAACAGAACCACUGAUAGUAUUUUUCAACAAAUGAAGUUUAUUUAAAAGUCACAUAAAAGUUUGUGACAAUAUAAAAUCCGUGGCAGCCUUUGAAUAGCUUCUGUUAUACACUGAAUAGUUUUAAGAAACUACAAUAUCUUGGCUAAGCAAUUAUUUAAAAUAGACACAAACAGUGUGCUAGAUAAAUAUAAAUUUAAAGCUAGAUGGAGUUGACAGAAAGUCAAUGGAAUUAGAAGACGACAGUGAUAAGGUGUAAUAGAUACUGAUGAUUCUUUGAUGUUUAUUUGUUAUGGAUGAUUUUGAUUUUGUGUUGCUUUUUUAAAAAAGUUCAAUAAAGUAAUUUAAAAGCUUUUUAAAAAAAGAUAGUGAGCUUCCUUGUAUAUUUGAAAUGAGUGGUGUGCAAAUGAAGAGAAUUUUGUUGCUGUUUGGGGGUAAACAGAAGCCUUUAAAUUCAUAAGCUCCUUUGCCACUUUAAGCAACAAGAACCAAAAGUAUUCAGUUACUGCUGCUUGAGAUAAUGGUUUUCAUUUAAGUUUUCAAGACAGUUUUUCUUUUGUUUUCAAAGUAGAGCUGAAACCUUCAACAAAGUGUUUCUCCUUUUCACAUCCAGUUCCUGCCCUCACUGCUAAGCAGUGGGAUGUUAUCUGAUGAACUAAGUUUGUAAUAUUCAGCACCUUUACCUGGGAGUCUCAUUGAACUCUGUGAUACUUCUGAGUAAAACAAUAUUGGAUUGUGCUGUCAAAACCACCAAUAUUUGGUCCAAACCAAAAGGCUCCUCAAGUGCUUUCAGAAUAUUCUCUGAAAGACCAUAAUUAUAAAGCGGCCAUCAAGGAAGCCUUGAUGGUUAUGGUGCCAUUUUGAACCUAGCAUACAGAAAAAGAAUUUGAGAGGCAUUUUGCUCAAUCCAAAGGGCCAUAAUAUAAUGGAUCUCUGAGCCUGCAAUUCCAUAUAUUCUUGAUGAGGGUAAGCCUCAGUAAUCGUAAGGUUAAUCAUGCUUGUUUUGAAAUAAGUUUGAUUUGAUGUGUGUGGAGUGUUCAAAUUGUUGUUUUUUAGUUGUGUCUGACUCUUCAUAACCCCAUGGACCAGAGCACACUAGGCCCUCCUGUCUUCCACUGCCUCCCACAGUUUGGUCAAACUCAUGCUGGUAGCUUCGAGAACACUGUCCCACCAUCUCGUCCUCUGUCAUCUCCUUCUCCUUGUGCCCUCCAUCUUUCCCAACAUCAGGGUCUUUUCCAGGGAGUCUUCUCUUCUCAUGAGGUCGCCAAAGUAUUGGAGUCUCAGCUUCACGAUCUGUCCUUCCAGUGAGCACUCAGGGCUGAUUUCCUUCAGAAUGGAGAGGUUUGAUCUUCUUGCAGUCCAUGGGACUCUGAAGAGUCUCCUCCAGCACCAUAAUUCAAAAGCAUCAAUUUUUCGGCGAUCAGCCUUCUUUAUGGUCCAGCUCUCACUUCCAUACAUCACUACUGGGAAAACCAUAGCUUUAUGGGCCUUUGUUGGCAAGGUGAUGUCUCUGUUUUUCAAACAGUUGUACCCAAAAUUGAGUUGUAAGACAAAGAUGACUUACCGUAUUUUUCGCUCUAUAAGACACACUUUUCCCCUCCUAAAAAGUAAUGGGAAAUGUGUGUGCGUCUUAUGGAGUGAAUGCAGGCUGUGCAGCUAUCGCUGAAGCCAGGAGGGCAAGAGGGAUCGGUGCGCACCGAUCCCUCUUGCUCUUCUGGCUUCAGGGAUCGCCAUGCAAAGCCUCUUGAGCGCAGCUGGAGCACUCCUGCCUCUUCGCUCAAGGGGGUUUGCGUUGCUUUCUUGUUUUCCACCUCUAAAAACUAGGUGCGUCUUAUGGUCAGGUGCGUCUUAUAGAGCGAAAAAUCUGGUAGGAUACUGUAUUUUGCUUGGUCCAUUGAUGCUGAUUUGCACUGGCACCAGUUUUCCAGUGUCCAGCCUUCCCCAACCUAGUGUCCCCCAAUAGUUUUUGAAUUGAAUUUUUUCAUGGAGCUGGUAGAGGUUGUUGUCCGAAUUAUCUGAAUUAUCAGGCAGAUUUGAAACCUACAGAACUGGUCGCGUGUCUGUUUGUGGCAGCUUGCCAAACAGUAGCCUGCCACUGGAAAACAAUCUUACUCUGGAACAAUGGAUGCAAAGGAUUUCGUACACAACCUUAAUGGAAAAGAUAACUCAGACUAAAAAAAAGAAAAGAAAUAAAAACCCCUGCACAAAAACAAGCACUCAGGCAAAUUUAUUAAUAUUUGUCAUUGUUUUAUUCUUUACAUAAGCAACCAGUACCACUCAAAGAAUCCACUAGCUACACAGGGAUAACAAAAUUUAAAAAUUUAAAAAAUUCCUUCCAGUAGCACCUUAGAGACCAACUAAGUUUGUUCUUGGUAUGAGCUUUUGUGUGCAUGCACACUUCUUCAGAUACACUGAAACAGAAGUCUCUAGACCUUUAUAUAUAGUGAGAGGGUGGGGAGGGGUAUUACUCAGAAGGGUGGUGGGAAUGGGUGAUUGGCUGAUAGAUGUGGUAGACCUGUUGACGACUGUUAACGACUGCAAUUGGUCUUACAGGGGGGGAAAGCAAUGGAUGAGAUGGCCAAAAAUGGCUUCAUCAUGUAUGAGAUAAGAAUCUAAUGUCUCUGUUCAGACCAGGUCUUUCCAUGGUUUUAAGUUUGGUAAUGAGUUGCAAUUCAGCAACUUUCCAGUCUAUUUCUGAAAUUCUUUUGUAAUAAGACAGCUACUUUGAGAUCUUGUAUAGAAUGUCCUGGGAGAUUGAAGUGUUCUCCUACUGGUUUCUCUGUCUUGUGAUUCCUGAUAUCAGAUAGUUAUGGAUUGACCUUCUAAGAUGACUAUUGAAUUGAAAAAAGAAAUAGGAUAUAGUACAAAAUAAUAAUGUAAUAUGGACAAAUGAACAAUGGUUCUCCAUUGGUUACCUGAAACUAGGAGGCAAGGUGGGCUAAUAGGUUCUCGUUAUUCUUCUUGUCAAAAAUGUAACAUACAAAUACUUCGGAAUCCAAGAUACGCUUGCAUUCUGGAAAACCAUAAAUAAAAAUUAAAAGAAUCAUUAAAUAAACUGCAAGUUUGUUAAGGUUGCCUGAUUACGUAUAGAAUAAAUAUUUAGUGCCUUUAAUAUUACUGUGGUGUCGGGACUCUGGCAGGUACAGCCUUUCUUAAGUCCUGCGGAGAAGCACCCUGAAUAUUUUUAAAUUAAAAUCUCAGAACUUUCUCCUGUGCAGAAUCUGGCAACUGCAGGUACUUUGGAAUGAUUUUAUUCAUCGCCGUUAUAACAUUGGUCAUAGGAAAAGAUAAAAAACUAUUUGUCAAAGUGAGGUAUGUGCCAGCAGAAUAGUUUGCCGAAGUGAUUUAUUCAGAAAGUUUGUGUGUUUCUGUAUGUGUGUGCUGAUGGAGGUUUCAGUAGGAAUACUCUGCAGCUCUCCUGAAAGAAACGAAAGAGACAGUGUUAAAAGCCUUGCAUUUACAAUUUCUUGUGCACUAAGGGGCUUGAGAUCAAAGGAAGUCAUACUCCAAUCUUAAUUAAAUCAGAGCUAUUUUCCAGCUAUGCUUAAGUCGGCUCUUAGGCUUAACUCUUGAGCAGUAACAUUUUCAGCUGCGAAGAUGGUUGUUGCAGGAAGCACAAACUUAAAAAUAAAUCUUCAAUCCAUGUUCUAAGGAAGGAAGAAAACUCUUUUCUUACCUUAGUCUCAAGUGUUGUUUCAAGGGAUAAUUCUAAACAUGCAAAUGAACAAUAUAUAGGUUUUGAUUUUCUGGGUAGAGUUGCAGACCUAGCUGGUUACUCAGAUGCCUGGAAUCAUUUGCCAUCAUAUUGAUAGAUGUUACACUGAUAGUGCGUUGAAUGUGAAAUCAGGAAAUUUCCAGUGGGUAUGUUUGGGUUUUUUAAGGAUCACAUAGACAGAUGUGUUACUGACAUUUAGUAUUAACAGUUUCACAUUCCUUAGUGGUACGGGAGCUGAAUAAUAUUGUUAACCUGACAGCCAAUACUUAGAUGGGGCAGCAAACUUCUCCCUGGCCGCAGUGAUCAUAGACCGAGAAACAUUAGAAUAGCACGGCAAAAUAUAUUUGGGUGGGUUUAGGCUGUUUGAGAUUCUUAACUUACGUAACAUCAAGUCACGUCCACGGUGAUAGGCAAUCUGUUUUGGUCAUGCAGCUGUGAGUAUAUGGAGUCAAUUUUGGGACAUAUUUUUAAUUUGAAGGAUAGCAUAGGAAGAAAGUAGCAACCUUUUAAGUACCAUAGUGACAUCAAAAUGACCAGGAUUAUUGCAUCAAAAUAUUUCUUAAAAAUCUGAGAGCUAAACAUUAGUGAUUUCUAUUAAACUGAGUUCACAUGUGCCCUUUUUAAUUAAAAAAUACAGAUAGUUGCAAAAGCAUUGCCAAAUCCAUCUUUCCUCUUCUCUCUGCCCUGAAGUACUUUCCGGAGUAUACCUGUUUUCUGCUUAUUUCCCUGCAUGUGGUCAUUUUUAUCUGCACUGUCUUCUGAGAUGGUUUGUUGAUUCCUUUCUUGUUGUCAUCUUUGAGUGUCAUCUUUCAGAACUUUGAAGCUCCUAGCAAGUAGUCUUGCCACACUUGACUUUCACUUGCAGAUCCCAGUGACAUGCUGAACAAUUUGAAAUAAAAAUAAAAUGAAAAUAAAAAAUUGCCCAUUAGCACCUUAUAGACCUACUGGACAAUUUUUUUAUUUUUUAUUUAUUUUUAUUUCAACUAUGUCAGACCAACACAACUACCUACCUGAAUACUGAACAAUUAUUAGUGGUCUCAUUCUUUUCAGUAAGCACACUACCAAAGGAAAGCAGGUUCUCUUGAUCUAGCAAGACCCUUUCGGGAUUUCUUGAUCUUUCCUAAGUAUUUAUGCAACUGCUUAACUCUUUAAGUGCUGACGCUUAGCAGCUUAAAUAAGCCUCUGAACUGGAAAGGUGAAUUUAGCUUUAGUGGUUUGAAAUAAGUGCUCCUCUUUGCAUCAUUUAAAAACGGUGUGGAAUUUCACUUGUGCUACGAACGUGGCUACUAAAUUCAUUUUGCAUGUUUACAUUUGAUUUUUUAAAAAAUAAUAAAAUCCUUUUUAAAAUAGUGAGUGUACUUUAAAUUCAGACUUGAUGGUUUUGAGAUGACAAAUAUCUAUAAUUGUCUUUACAGGCACAUAUCCCACUUUAUGCACAACAUACCUUUCCCUUCUCCCCAAAGACCAAGAAUUCUUGUGCAGGUAAGUAAGUGAAAUACAUUGAGCGCCCUAGGAAUGCUGCUUACAAUUGCAGUGCUGGUGGGACUUCCAUGUUGAAUUGCUUUGUUUUAUGUAGAAUCAUAGAUUUGGAAGGGACUGUCAGGUAUGGGGAUUGAAUCAGGGCCAGAUUUAGGUUUGAUGAUGCCCUCAGCUCCUGAAGGUAAUGGGGCCCUUUCUAUGUCCAGCUGUCCUUUGUCAACAACAAAUUGUCGCUGUUUUUUGUUUUGAAUAUAUGCUAUAUGGUAAUUUAUGGACCUCAUAGGUAUCUAAAGGUAUCUAAAAUAUGUACUUUAUCAAAGUAAUUGUUGACUGAAAUACAAUUAAGAAGAAGUAUAUUAAUAGUGAAAUACAAUUAAGAAGAAGUAUAUCAAUAGUGAAAUAAUUAUUAAGCUCUAACUGUAUGUAGGUUUUAUUUUAUUUGUUUUUUAUCUUAUAUUUUGGAAAUGUCCAGCCAGGUUUUUUCCUUUAAAUUUUUUGGGGGCCCCCAAGAGAGUGGGGCCCUAAGCUAGAGCUUGUUUAGCUUAUAUCUAUAUCCGGCACUGGAUCGAACAUAAGCCCUUGGCACUGUCAGCACCUCACUGUAACCAACUGAACUAUCCACGAAAGUUAAUCAAUAUAUAAUAGACUUAAUCCGUUAGCACAAGCCUUUUCCAUAUGUACAACAUAACUUUCCCAUUUUCUUCUCGCCAUUCUUGCUCUGCACCCUCCCCAACCUGCUCUGGAGGGUUGGGGGAACCCCAAAAUCCAUUUAGAGGGCACAGAGAGAGAGGAAAAGGAGGAGAAUUUCUGUUCCGCAAUCUAAGCUCCUCCUUCUGCUGCCACAGCAAGUGUGUUGGACGCCUCCCAGGGUCUUCCCAAUCCCACAGUACCAUGUGACGCACACGCCUCACACAUGGUUGAUUAGAACGCUUACAUGAGUUUUCGGCCGGCUCACUAAUAUUUGUGCAUUUGUCGUUUUUCCAGCUCUCUGCGCAUGAUACGUUAAUACUGUCACAACCGGUUGCUACGCCCUUGCCACUCAGGUAAUGAUAGUUGAUAACUCUGAAAAGCAAUGGAAUGUUUGAAGAUACUGUGUGUGUGUACCCGUAUUUAUCUAUUUAUUAACUUUCUAUAUGUGCAUCAUGGGACGUGGGUGGCACUGUGGGUUAAACCACAGAGCCUAGGACUUGCCGAUCAGAAGGUCGGCGGUUCGAAUCCCCGCAACGGGGUGAGCUCCCGUUGCUCGGUUCCUGCCAACCUAGCAGUCCGAAAGCAUGUCAAAGUGCAAGUAGAUAAAUAGGUACCACUCCGGCGGGAAGGUAAACAGUGUUUCUGUGCAUUGCUGUGGUUUGCCAGAAGCGGCUUAGUCAUGCUGGCCACAUGACCCGGAAGUUGUACGCCGGCUCCCUCGGCCAAUAAAGCGAGAUGAGCGCCUUGCUGUGCUUCGCUCCUGCUUCCCUUACGGUAAACAACAGUGGCCCACACUACAGUGGUAUCUCGGUUUUUGAAUGUCUCCGAUGAUGAACAUUUUGGUUUUCCCUUUACCAGUGGAUAGCCUCUUACUAGGGUUGAUAUGUUGAUAUAUUGCCCCAAACCAGUUUGAAGUCCAUAUCGUGAUAGCAGUUUUGUAAUUUUUGACCUGGCAAUAUAUUGCAAAUUGUGAUGUGUGUGUUUGUGUGCUAUGCAAAAAUCAUGUGGGGAAAACCGUGAAGCCAGCCAAUGCCCCUACAUAGCUCCCUCCUUAUUUCAGAUAUUGUGGUAUAGCGGUGUACCACAUUGUUUAGCUGGCGAUAUGUCACAAAGUUGAAAACCAGAUAUUGCCUGGCCCUAGCCUCCACUAUACAAUCCUGUUGUGCUUUUAACGAAAGCUUCCACUGCCCGGUGUAGCAGGAUGAUUUGGGGUGGGGAUGGGCGAAAUUGGUCUAUCUGGCAGUACAUCCUUGCCUCGCAUAGGGUAUAACUUGAGCUGCCACAGCACAACCAGAGACUUGCCCUGGGAAAGGACAGAACUGACUUGCGUCGCUGUCCGGCAUGAUGCAUUCUGUUGGUAGCUGUUAAAAUGACAAAUAACAAAUGUUGCACUUCUGAAUCUUCUGAUCGCAUUCUAGUGGAGCAAACUUCAGCACUCUGCUCAUGAAUCUUGGACCAGAAAACUGUGCCACUUUACUCCUCUUUGUGCUGCUGGAGGGCAAGAUCCUGCUGCACUCUCUCCGGCCAGCUGUGCUGACUGGAGUAGCGGAAGCAGUGGCAGCUGUAAGUAUGCCGUGUUUUCCUUUAAAGCUGAAAUAACAGUAUUUCUGCAGACUUUGGAGCAGCCCUUUAAUUUCAGUAGGCAGCCUAUUCUAUUGCUGGCCUCACAUUUUCAUGUUUCAUUUUGCCGACUCGUACAAGGUUUUAAAAGUUAGCCAGCUUUGUGAAUCUCUCUCUCUCCCUCCUCUCGCCCUCUGUUCUUUUUUCCUUCCUUUCUUCCUUUCUACUGUUUUCAGAACUAAUGUAGCACUGACCAUCUAAUACAGGGGUCAGCAAACUUUUUCAGCAGGGGGCCAGUCUACUGUCCCUCAGACCUUGUGAGGGGCCAGACUAUAUUUUUUUUUUUUGGGGGGGAGAACAAAUUUCUAUGCCCCACAAAUAACCCCAGAGAUGCAUUUUAAAUAAAAGCACACAUUCUACUCAUGUAAAAACACGCUGAUUCCCGGACCAUUUGCGGGCCAGAUUUAGAAGGCGAUUGGGUCGGAUCUGGCCCCCGGGCCUUAGUUUGCCUCUCCAUGACAAUUGAAGAGAUCAACCUACUUCUGGGGGAAAUACGCAAAGUCCUAUACAGUAGUAAUUUUUACUACUUGUAUGGGGACAGCUCAGGCACAGAUGGACAAGUAGAUUGUUCAGCUUCAGUUACCUAGAGGGCAAGAAUUUUAUACUAGAGUAGUCUUAAGUGAUUUUACAGCUUUUUGCUGUUAAGGAAUGUUUAAGCAUCUGAACAAUUGCAGAUUGUGCUUUUUUAUAUUUGCAAAAUUGCAAAAUUGGGAGAGCUCAGGUAGUCCUGAAUCCAUAAUCCGGAUUCUUGCAAGCUGUUCGUUCAUUUUUUAAAAUGUUGGUGGCAAUUGUUUUGAAACAAGUCUUUAGACUGAUAGAAUACCACAGGUGGUGGGGACGCGGGUGGCGCUGUGGGUUAAACCACAGAGCCUAGGACUUGCCGAUCAGAAGGUCGGCAGUUCAAAUCCCCACAACGGGGUGAGCUCCCGUUGCUCAGUCCCUGCUCCUGCCAACCUAGCAGUUCGAAAGCACGUCAAAGUGCAAGUAGAUAAAUAGGUACGUCUCCAGCGGGAAUGUAAACGCCGUUUUCGUGUGCUGCUCUGGUUCACCAGAAGCGGCUUAGUCAUGCUGGCCACAUGACCCGGAAACUGUAUGCUGGCUCCCUCGGCCAAUAAAGCGAGAUGAGAGCUGCAACCCCAGAGUUGGCCACGACUGGACCUAAUGGUCAGGGGUCCCUUUACCUUUACCUAUCCAACUGGUGCCUUUCCAUGAACACAACAGCUUUUGAUUAAAUGGAGUUGUCUGGUGACAGAAGGGAGGCAGUUUUUGUCUAUCCCCCCACAAUUGGUCUGGAGGGUCUGUGGGAGAUGGGAAGGGAAUAGGCAAAAAUCGCCUCCCUUCCUCUUCUAUUGAUGUGUGCCUCAACUGAAAUAACAGCAGAAGGAACACCAGCUGGAUUACACCCUUGGAAAUGUUGUUUUCAAGAGAAUUAAAAAUAAAUUAAAUGCAACAUGACCUUUUUUAACAUGCAUGAUGUCUAGUGAUCUUGAAGGAUAAAACCUAUAUAUCAUUUUUUCGGUUCUGGGUUGUUAGUUUCACUGAUGUAGGUAAGAGAAAUGAAGAAUGCAGUUGAACUCUUAGGGCUCCAAAUUCUUCUUUAUCCCAGUGUGCUUUUGAAAGGGGAAGAUAUAACUUCCUCUUUCAAGGCAUAUGAUAGUCAGUGUUUAAAAACAAUUUCAAAGGCAAUUUUCAUAGUAUUUCUCCAUUUAUAGUCUAAGCAAAGUUAAUGACACAUGGCCCCUUAUCUUUAAAAAAAUGUAAUGCUUAAAAAAUGCAUUCUCUACUUUUCAGAAACUGUGUGUUGCAAAAAAGAAGAGAUAGCCAUGUCUGAUUUUCUCUUCAUUUUCCCACCCUCUACCUUUGCAUGUCUGUAGCUCUAACAUUUCUUUUAUUCGUCCUGUGAAUUGUGCAUCUUGGCCAAACCAUCUCAUUUCUUACUUUCUUCAGCUCAAAGUGAAUGGUGAAUUACUUCUAAAAUGCUAUUCCUAUUCAUGAAGAAAUCACAGGAUUUUGAAAGGGGAAAAUGCUUCUGUUAUUUGAGCGAUAUGAUGAUGAUGUUAUUUGAGCUAUAUUAUUAUUAUUAUUAUUAUUAUUAUUAUUAUUAUUAUUAUUAUUGUCAUCAUCAUCAUCACAAUUAUUCUGCCACAUACAUGCCAAAAUGGCUUCUUGACUGUUUUUGUGCAUUUGUUGAUACUUGAUGUUUGUUAACUGUUUUGUCUAUACAACCAAACCUGCCUUGAAGCUAAAUUUUCUGUUUAUUGCACUUACAGGAGCACUGGCAAUUAUUAAAACAACAAAUUUGGAUAUCUUAUAUACAGUUUUGAGUUUGCUAUUCUAUAACGUUGCUGCUGCAGUUCUUGCUGCGGUGGUCCGUGUUACGAGAAUGACUUGACGUUACAUCACUUUUUAUUUAUGUUUUAAUACAUGGGUUUCGUUUUCGUUUUUCCUUCAGAUGAUUUUCCCAUUUCAGUGGCAGUGUCCCUACAUCCCCCUCUGUCCUUUGUCUCUGGCAACGGUGCUCAGUGCUCCCGUCCCAUUCAUAGUUGGAGUUGACUCCCGAUACUUUGAUCUGUAUGACCCUCCACAAGAUGUGGUUUGCAUUGACUUAGAUACAAACAUGGUGUACAUGUAAGUGGUUGUUUUCCCCCCAGUUUUUAUUUAUAUCCUCUGUUUUUUUGUGUAUGUAUGUCUCUCUGUGUUUUAAGGCAUUAAUGUGAAUUUGAAUGUAUUUAUUUUAUCCAUUCAAGCCAGUGAAUUGGCCUUAAAAUAGAUCCAAAGUCCAUUAGAUUCCUGUAAGUCAUUCGAGUUGAAUACUAGGCCGUUCUGUUUGCUUUUUGGUUUCCGUCUGCUCCCUGCUGCCCCAACUGUAGCUGUAGAUGCCCUUUCCUGAGUUUUGGGAGUAGUUUGGUGAAUGGUACUGAGGGAGUGAGCUGCGCUUUCAUUUUUAAGAUGAGUUUUGGAGGGGAGUCUCAGAAGCCCAUCUGUGUGUGGCUUCAUGCAAACUGCUCUUGCUCCCGGACUUACUGUAUUUUUCGCUGUAUAAGAUGCACCCGACCAUAAGACACACCUAGUUUUUAGAGGAGGAAAACAAGGGGGGGAAAUAUUCUGAAUCAAAUGUUGUUGAAGAAGCUUUGCACAGCUAUCCCUGAAGCCAGAACAGCAAGAGGGAUUGCUGUGCAGCAAUCCCUCUUCCUGUUCUGGCUUCAGGGAUAGCUGCGCAGCCUGCAUUCACUCCAUAACACACGCACACAUUUCCCCUUACUUUUUAGGAGGGGGAAAGUGUCCCUUAUAAAGCGAAAAAUACUGUAAAACAGAAAAAAACUCAGAUACAGUAGAAAGCAUGUCAAUGAUUAGUAACCAUUGGAAAACCGAGUCUUGGCUUCCAAAAGGCAAAUAUUUGUUAGUGGACGGCAUUGGAAGGUGGUGGUCUCUCCUUCCUUGGAAGUUUUUAAGCAAAGGUUGGGUGGCCAUCUGUCACGGAUGCUUUAGCUGAGAUUCCUACAUUGUAGGGGGUUGGAAAAUAUGACCUUUGGGGUCCCUUCCAUCUCUACUAUUCUGUGAUCUCGUGGUCCAAAUGUACUGGCCUCUGCUUCUGGCUACACAGUUGUUGCUUGACCAGCAACGACAUGGUGGAGCUUUGAAGGCGCAGAUGUCAUGUGCUGUACCACGAGCUGUUAUUGGCCUUCCGAGAAAUGGGGAACUUGAGCCCAUCAAGGCGCAGCCAGCAGAGCUAGUGGUCAGAGCCAAUGGGAGUGGAGUCCAUUCAAAUACCAUAUUUUUCGCUCCAUAAGCCAUCAUAGCCAUAUGAUAGUUUUUAGAUAAGGAAAGGGGGAAAGCCCCGUUUGUGGGGGGAUCAGCUCACAGUUGUGCAGCUUCUUUUGCAAAGGGGAAAAGCCCCGUUUUUGAGGAUCAGCUCAAAGUUGUUGAGCUUACUUUGCAAAGGGAAAAAAAUCGUGUUUUUAUGGGGUUCAACUCACAGUUCUGCAGAUUCUUUAGGAAAGGAAAGGGAGCCGUUUCUACAAUUUCCAGACAGAUAAUCUAAACAGCCAGUCCCAUAUUGUUGGGGAAACAAACAGCCUCCAUCUGCAGAACAUUCAACAAUGGAGGCCUGGGCAAGGGGCCGGAAAGGGAGCCAGCGAUUGACUACACAUUCGCUCCAUAAGAUGCACAGACAUUUCCCCUUCCUUUUUAGGAGGAAAAAAAUGCGUCUUAUGGAGCGAAAAAUACAGUAACUGUUCACUCUAAUGUAGUUCUAACAGCACUCGGGAGGGUAGCAUAUGAGUCCUCACAAUUUCUUUUCCGGGUUGGUUUUUUCGGGGGUAGCGGAAGGGAGACCACUGGGGCAGCCACUGGGUGGUCUUUGGAUUGGAGUGAGUUGCAAGGGGAUGGGGGGAAUUCUGAGCAAACUGGGGGGAUGGGGUUUGGCGAAACAGAGUGGGGGUUUUAGCAGGUAGGCUGGGAUGGGGGCUGAAGGAGCAGUGAGAGGAUGGGUGUUUGGGCCUGGUGUAAAGGGAGAGGGCUUGGUAACAGAUUGGGGUAGGCAGGGUUGCAGAGUAAUGGGAGCAAGAGUGCAGCCUCUAGUUGCAUGUAUUUGCCUGUGACUGUGCGCUUGAUCUGGUGCAAGACCUGUGUUCAAAACGAUAAAGCCACAUUACAGUUAGUGCUGCUUUUAGUACAAAUCAAUGGGCUGCUUUAGAUCUGACACCAAACCAUGGCUUGAGGUGGUGAGAAUGAUCUAGGCAGUCUUGCCCUUGGCCUGAUCCAACAGGGGUCUUCUUAUACAGCUUGCCUGGUAGUCCCAAAACAACACCUUGUUUUUUUCAGGACAGAAAGUCAUCGGAAGCAGAAGACCUAAACUGCUUCUCAAACACAAUGAUAAACCUGUUAGUCCACAAAUUUAUACUGGGGAACCUGUGAAUGACUCUCAUAUCUGGAGUUCUGUUAAAAUAUAAUAUAGGAUGCAUGCCCAGAAAUGGCCUCAUGGGGAAGUCCAGCAGGCCAAGAUUGGUUCAUGGGCUGGAAUUUCCACACACCUGACCUAGAGAGACAUAAUUCCCCCCCCAGAAGCUGAAGGUCUCUUGCCAUGCGUCAGGGAACAGUGCAAUCCUGCAAAAGGUCAAAGGCAGUUCUGAACACAAAGUGCAAAUGAGCCGCAACAUAAUUUAAAAUUAACACCACCAACACCAGGAAUAAAGUCCCUAUGUGAUUGUACUAAAACAAGGGUCGGCAAACUAUGGUCCAUGGGCCAGAUAUGGCCCGAGGGGGUUGUUAAACUGGCCCCGGCCCUUGCCACCCGCUCAGUCAGUCCCCGCGUGGAGCUAAACUGGCGCGCUGUGCCAGUUGCUCUGUGCGGGGACUGACUUCUGGGACGCUUCCUGCAGCCAGUAGGAAACAAAUCAAAGAAACAAAUCAUUAGGGUGUUGCCAUAGCCAGGUGUAAAUUCUUGUGAGCAUUACAACUGCCCACAUGGACUUGGGUCUUCCUUUGAAAGCUUUUAUUUUUGGGUGUCUAUCAAUGAAUUUUCACGUUAUGUUUUUUAAAAAAUAUUUUUUUAUUGAUUUUACAAAAUAAAUCACACAAUUGACAAUUUGUUUUGGAAUAUUAAACAUAAAACAAGAUUCUUCUGAAUCUUAGGACCUCCCUCCUCCCCUCUGUGGGUCCUUUAAAUAUCUUAAUCAACUGCAUAUUAUAGUUCAUCCGAAUUAGAGUCCUCCAAAAUAUCCAAAGUCUUUGUAACAUUUCAAGGGUUAUUCAAAACCUGCCAAAGAGUUCAAGUGUUCACAGGGUUCUUUUAAAUACAACCUUUUUGUCCCAUUCUCUAUGGAAGUUUUGAUCCUCCUGAUUUCUGAUUUCUCCAGUCAGUCUAGCCAUCUCUGCGUGUCACAUGUUAUGUUGGUCACAGGUCAUUUGCUAGAAAACCUUUUCCCCACAGUUUGCAAUAAAUGUUAAGUUUGACACUUGCCCGUGAAACAUUAGCUCUUUCUAGAAAAAUACAUAUCCAUGCCUUUAGAGAAAACACUUAUCCAAAUUACAGAUAAAUUGUUCAGAUUGCAAAACUGUUGUUUGCACCUUUUAAAACACAGUUAAAAUAAAGCCUUUAAACUACUAGUGGCGUACUUCUUGAUCAUUUUUGCAGCAAGGAUCAAGUCAGUCGCCAAACAAAUAGCUUAAUGUUAAUUGGAGCUAGAUGACAUUAACUAAAACACAAAGUAUUAUGUAAAGAAGCAUACAGAUCUUACAUUGGUCACCGCAGAAUUACCCAGGAACAGUUGCCAAGAUGACCUUGCGUUGAGGAAAAGGAAGAAUAGCACUUCUCAGAAAAGCAAAGCGCUGGCACAGAUAAGACACUUGUCACAGAUAAGCAGGUCUUGUGUGUGACUCUGGUGCUACCAACUAUACCAUAGUGAUGGAGGCAUUACUGAGUGCCAGAAAAAUGUUGAAUAGCUUUCAUUCAUCAGACGGUCCUCUUCAUUGUCUGACUUCAGUUGCUUUCAGAGUCUAUUAACAGAAGUGACAAUGAGAAGCUGUUUGUGUGCAGAUAUUGGGCGGGUUGAUAGGUCAUUUUCCCCCCUCAUAUUAGUUUUUGUUGCUGCUGAAGACUGCCUGCUGUUUAAUUGCAGGGUUCCCCUAAAUGCAUAUCUGUGUCAGGGAGAAGCAAGUAUUCUUCUAAAAGCACUGAUAUCAUUCUUGUAGUGUUUUCUCUCCAUCUCACCCAUUUUAAGAACUGAAUGCAGCUGUGAAUAAUCUAGCCUCUAUAUCUGCAUAUACCUCUACAUUUAACUGUUGGCCUUAGCAAUGGUAACACAUGACAUUAAGUAUUAAUCCACAAAUCCCAUAUCCCGUCCCCCCCCCAUUUUUAAAUGUCACGCACUGUGGUUUUCUUUUGUUUUCUGAAGUGCAGUUUUAUUUCUCCUAAAUGUUCCAAAAGCUUCCUCUCAAGCACCAGGAGGAAUAUAAAAAGCUGAGUUUAUUUUUGCCAGUCAGGUACUUGCUGAUGCCCAAUCCCAGUCUUGGUCACGAUCCCAAAAAGGAUUAUGGGCAUAUGUUAAUGAGCUGCACACAGCCAGAAUUAUAUUUCUGCAUUCUUGAUGUAGCUUCCCUUGCAGAAGACACAGGCCUCAUUUUAAGCAGCAGAGAAACUGUGAAGCGCUAUACUGCAGCUGUGCGUGUUUCACAAACACUAAUUAUUUAGUUCCUGCCCUUGAUCUUGCGUAUAAAGGAGCGGUUCCCACAUUUGCAUUCAUAGCGUAGGCUUUGUGUGAAAUGAUGGCAUGCUGAUGGACACAACAGAUUCCAGCAAUUAUUUCACCUUCCUUCCAGAUGCAAAUAGACUCCAACUCCCAUCAGUCCUGCCAGAAUGGCCAGUGGUGUGGGAUGUUGGGAGUUGUGGUCCAUCAACAUCUGGAGGACUAAAAGUUCCCCACUCCUGGAUCAAAUUAUUUAUUUUUGAUUGACAGUCUGUUCCCAGUCUGCAAAAAAAAAAUAAAAAAAAUGCUUGCUUCUUUCUGACACCGGCCUUCAUCUCAGAGAAAUAACAGCAUAGUGAUUCAUCGUGGCUUUGAAUAUUUGCAUCUCUUGCAGGUAUAAUAGUUUAAAGCCAUAUCUGAAAAAUGAAAACCCUUGAAUCUUUUGCCGUGCAUGUUCAAGUCUCAUUAAAAUUAAAAAUCCGAUGAAGGUACAAAAUUGUAUGCCUGCCAAAUUUAAUUGUACCUGAGCAAUUCCCUCCUUCCCCAACUGGAGGGGGAAAUCAGUUAAAAUGUGGAAAACUGUCUUUAAAAAUGCAGACACUGAAAUAGGAUAGGGAACUCCGUGUUGGAAUACUGCCUAAAUCAAACUUAAAUAAAAUUUGUGUGUUCUGGGAUUAGAUCCAAAUUCAGUUAAGAGAGCUCUAUCGCUUUUUCACGAAACCCAAUAGCUGCUACCAGAUGUUUCACUUCAAAAAAACAAAAGGUGCUUUGGAGUGUGGGAGCGUUAUAAUUUCCUUUCUUCUUGGGCGUUAAGAAAUGCUAGAAUAAAGCAAUACAUUUUCGACCUUGAAACAUAUAUCUGUUUUGAUUUGUGUGUGUAUGUGUGUGUUUUCUCAAUCAUGUAGAUCAGAUGAUAAGAAGAGCAUGAACUGGAAGCAGCUUCCUAAGAAGCCAUGCAAAAGCCUUCUCAGCACCUUAAAGAAAUUGCAUCCACAACUGGCAUUAGGUAAACCAUGGUGUAGAAGGAGAAUAAAGUUGAUUUAAGCAAAAGAAGAUACCGUAUUUUUCGCUCUAUAAGACGCACCAGACCACAAGACGCACCUAGUUUUUGGAGGAGGAAAGCAAGAAAAAUAAUAUUCUGAAUCUCAGAAGCCCGAACAGCAAGAGGGAUCGCUGCACAGUGAAAGGAGCAAUCCCUCUUGCUGUUCUGGCUUCUGUGAUAGCUGCGCAGCCUGCAUUCACUCCAUAAGACGCACACACAUUUCCCCUUACUUUUUAGGAGGGGAAAAGUGAGUCUUAUAGAGCAAAAAAUACGUUAAUUAUAAUGGUGGUGUUAUAACAAAAAAAAGCUGCUCCUUUUCCCUUAUGGGAUACCCAAGAGGGCCCAGGGGUCUGAACACUCAUCCCCCCCCCACCACUUUCUGGACACAGCCCAGGAGGAAGGAGCAGAACCACUGUAUAACAGUGCCCCCAGCCCCUCUAGAUGGUCCAGAAGGAUGUUACGGUCGAUGGUGUCAAAGGCCGCUGAGAGAUCCAGCAGAACUAGGAAACAGAUCUCACCUUUGUCCCUAGCCCACCAGAGAUCAUCAACCAGCACAACCAAGGCAGUUUCAGUCCCAUGAUGAGGCCUGAAUCCCGAUUGGAAGGGAUCCAAAUGGUCCGCAUCCUCCAGGCAUGCCUGGAGUUGUUCAGCAACCACCCACUCAAUCAUUUAUCUGUUUUAGACCCCUAAGUAGUAGCAGUUGCCCCAACAUUGUCCUGUUCGCCUCUCUAUAGUUCCAUCCUUAAUUUCAUACAUUGUGGCAGAUUGCAAUGUUUAGCUGGUGAUAUUGUGAGGUUGAGCUAGUGAGUUAUCACAAUGUUGAAAACCAGAUAUCGCCUAGUCCUUACACACAUUGUGAUUCGCGAUAUAUUGCCAGCUCAAAUACGAUGAAACAAUUAUCACAAUGUGAACUUCAAACCGAUUUUGGACGAUAUAUCAAUACAGUGAUACCUCGGUUUUUUAACCUCUCCACUGACGAACAUUUCGGUUUUCGAACACACCUCGGAAGUCGAACAUGCCGCGUGACUUCUGCUGAGUGCAAGGUCCUGAGGCCUAGCUGUCGGCUAUUGAGUUUUCGGGUUUUGAACUUUUCAGAACUCGGAACGGUCUUCCAGAACGGAUUACUCUCAAAAACCGAGGUUCUACUGUUUAUCGCCAAGCCCUACCAGAGACUAGCUUCCCUUUAUUUGUGAGCCAGGAUUUGUGGUUUAUUUGGAAUUUGAUGUUUAUUCCUAGGAGGAAACAAACCAUGGGCUCUGGUUUGCGUGGAAGUGAAUCUGGUUUGUUUUCUCCCUGGUGCCAAAAGCAGGAACAAAGCAGGACUAUUUGAGUAGCAUGCAAAAACAUGCUAGUAAUGAUAUUAUUUUUUUAAACUAUGCUUUGAUGGGAAGUGUGAACUCGGCUGGUAAUAUAGAAGGGGUUGAAUUAUAGAAGGGGUUCAAUUACUACUGGGACGUGGGUGGCGCUGUGGGUUAAACCACAGAGCCUAGGACUUGCCGAUCAGAAGGUCGGCCCGUUGCUCGGUCCCUGCUCCUGCCAACCUAGCAGUUCAAAAGCACGUCGAAGUGCAAGUAGAUAAAUAGGUACCACUCCAGUGGGAAGGUAAACGGCGUUUCCGUGCGCUGCUCUGGUUCGCCAGAAGCAGCUUAGUCAUGCUGGCUGUACACCGGCUCCCUCGGCCAAUAAAGCGAGAUGAGCACCGCAACCCCAGAGUCGGCCAUGACUGGACCUAAUGGUCAGGGGUCCCUUUACCUUUUACCUAAAUUACUACUGCCCGUGUACUUACCCUGCAGAAUCAGUAGGGGAACUUCUUAUCUUCCUUUUUUGGUCCUCUUCUUGGUUCUUAUCAAGAGCUGUUGUUUCUAUCUGCAGUGAAACUGCUUGCUUCCACACACAUGGAAAAAAGCCAUGGUGCGUUUCAGCUAAAACUCUUUGCACACAUCACAUUUUCCUGUGACGGGUAGAAAGUGCCAGGGUGGUGGUUGCAAAGGAGAUUUCCUUUACUGUGUGUUUAGGAAAGACAAACACAUUUUGCUGUUUACUGAAGGCUAUAUUUUUAACGCAUAGUGCCAAGCAUAAUGCGAGUUUCAGUAACCUCACUGACUUAGCAUACACUUUUAUUUCAGCUUUCACAGAUCUGCUGAUAAAAGGGUAUGACAUAAUAGCUUGAAGCUAAGAUGUUACGGCGAAUGGUAAAGUUGAAAGUCAAAGCCCAUAGAGGUUUUAGGUUCCAAACGCUGUAAAUUGCACUCACUCUUAAUUCCCCUCUGUCUAAGCAUUCCUUGAUGGUUAGCCUUUUUAAUAUUUAAAUAAACCACACCUGUGGAGCUGGAAAAAAACCCCCAUUUAAUUCAGCUUGCCUCCUUCCAACAGUUCACAGAAAGACACAAGAAGGCUCUGCGGUCGAGAUGACCCCUAUAGAGGCAGAUUUCUCGUGGCACAAAAAGAACACGCAAUUCGAAACGGAGAUUCAGGAAGCCUUUCUACGCUUCAUGGCAUCUAUUUUAAAAGGGUACAGGACAUUUCUUAAACCGAUCACCGAGGCACCUUCAAAUAAAGCUACUGCUACAGAUUCCUUGUUUGACAACCAAGGUGAGUUUUGAGAAGAACGUGGGCACUGGUUGAAAUGUAGUGCUAGCAGUAGUAACAGGGCCAUUCUCAGCUUGUGUCUCGCAGACGUCCUCUGUAUAUCCACAGGGCUGCACUGUGCAUGUUAUUGGACUUCAGAGUUGGAGAGCAGUAGAGUUUAAAGUCUUCACAGCACCAGAGUGUGCUGGAAUCUUCUUGCGCAAGCCCUGUUGAAAUUAAUGGGAAAACCUAUUUAUGUUUGUUGGUUUCUCAAAUGCACCAAGCCUAGAAUAUAUAAAUAUCAUAUAGGGUUACACUCAAUGGUCUCUCAAGGUUUGAAUUUUAAGGGUUCCCACCCUUCCCCCAUCCUUCCCAGAGCUUAUUGUCCUCAGCUUAUUUUGUCAAAAUUGCAAUUUUUUACAAAAUACUAAUUUUCAUUGUGGCAACAGAAAACUGACAGCACAAAAAUGCUGUUGUCGUAGAAGCUUCUCAAAGGAAAUGGGCAGGUUAAAUUUGAAUAAGAUUACUAGGCAAUUCAUCUUUCUCCUUUUGGUUUUGGUUCUGUUUUCCCCUCCCCCCCCCAAGAAGACAGGAUUUGUAAGCAGAGAGACAAGGGGAAGGCUUUCCCCAUUUGCCUCCCUCCUUGCAGAGAACUAUAUGGAGGUCAAUUUGGAAGAGUCAAAAUGGCUUCAGGAUUGCUCUCCUGUACUAUUUCAGACACGUAGUUCAUAUACUUAUGUAUGUGUUUGCCUUGUACAUUUAUGAACGUUUAUUUUAUAUUGGGACCUUAGAAUUCUUACAACACAGGCUUGGUGCCUAUGUUCAGCGCAUCUCAUGAAGACUCUUAUUUUCCUAGGAAUGUUAAGAUCUCCAAGCGUGCUUAACCCUUUUUGUUCAUGUGUGUUUUGUUUUCUAUGCUGUAGUUGGUCUUGCUUUGUUUAACUUCUGGGGUUCUUGUGGGUUGCUUUUUUAUAGUUUUUAACUUUUGACCGUUAACCACCCGGAGGACAUUAUUAACCGAGUGGCAUAUAAUGAUAUAAAGAAAUAUGAGCAGCAAACACUUAUAAUAAAAUGAGGAAAUGGCAAGUUGCUAAAAUAAGAAGCUCAAUAUGCAAAUAAGUUAAUUGUGAACCUUUUAUCUCUAGCAAAUUGUCUUAUUUCUUAACUAGGGUUUUUAAAAAGUAGGGACCGUGCCUACACAAAAUUCUACACCGUUUUAACAAAGACGCAGAUAUUUAGCAGCUUCAUUGUAGAAUGCAGUUUUGUGAGUGACAAAGAUACUGGACUGGCAUUCUUUGACGACUGCGUAGAAAAGGUAAAAACUUCUUUCUCUUUUUUGUCUAGCGAAAUGUGAUAGUGUUAGGCUUUUGAUUCUCUUUGCUAAAUGCUCCUGAGCCGGGAUCAGCAAACUUUUUCAGCAGGAGGCCGGUCCACUGUCCCUCAGACCUUGUGGGGUUACAGGGAACCAGGCAGAGAGCCUUCUCGGUAGUGGCACCCACCCUGUGGAACGCCCUCCCACCAGAUGUCAAAGAGAACAACAACUACCAGACUUUUAGAAUACAUCUGAAGGCAGCCCUGUUUAGGGAAGCUUUUAAUGUUUGAUGUAUUAUGGUAUUUUAAUAUUUUGUUGGAAGCCGCCCAGAGUGGCCGGGGAAGCCUAGCCAGAUGGGUGGGGUAUAAAUAAUUUUUUAUUAUUAUUGUUGUUGUUGUUAUUAGGGGCCGGACUAUAUUUUGAAAAAAUAAUAAUGGACAAAUUCCUAUGCCCCACAAAUAACCCAGAGAUGCAUUUUAAAUCAAAGGACACAUUCUGCUCAUGUAAAAACACGCUGAUUGCCGGACCGUCCACGGGCCGGAUUUAGAAGGCCAUUGGGCCGGAUCCGGCCCCCGGGCCUUAGUUUGCCUACCCAUGCUCCUGAGUCUCUCCUUCUUUGAUGUGUCAGGAAUGAAAUUUCACCCCCUGAAACAGCUUGAGUUGAGUUGCUUAUUGUAGUUUUAUACAGGGAAUGUGUGUGGCUAAAUAGCAGCGCAGUAUCUACAUAUAUCAGCCUUAAUGGAGAAGCCCAUGUAAUAGAAUGGACAUGGCAAUAAUUGUAGUCAUGUGGAUAUAGAGCUCUUGGAGCUUGUUUUGAAUGGCACAUCUCUAGCUCAAACUCUCUUUUAUAAUGGCAGAGGGAGUUAUCCAUCGGCCUGUGUGAUUUGUCUCUCACUCAGCUUACUAGUCCAGGCUAGAAGAUCCCAUCGGUAUAUGAAUCUCCAGUACACUGAAAAGUAUGCCUACUUCUCCUUUGGGAACUUUCUGUAUUUAAUAUCCAAUAGCAGCUGUUCUUAGGCAAGGAGUAUGGACAAAAAUAUUAUACUCAGUUUUGGAGUUUUUAAUAUAUUCUUUUCUAAUUUUUAUCGCCUUUUCUAGCUUUUUCCAGAGAAAGGAUCAGAAAAAGGAGAAAAGGUAUUUAUUUACUUCCUAUAGGAACAUUUUAAGAGUUUUCUUGUAUUUCGCAUGUCUGGACAAUAUCGUGGGAAUCGUGGUUGUUUAAUUAUAUGCCUUAGAAUUUUUGAUAGGCCAGUACAGAGUGUACGAUAGCUGCAAAAUGUGUGUCUUGUAAACUGGCCAUGCGUUGGUUUUUUUCAUUGGACAUUUUUGUAACUUGCCCUGGGGCCAUUUGGUGAGGGCCAGACAAUAAGUAUAAAUAAUAAAUCAAUAAAUAGAACUGGCAUUUGUCUAUACAUUUUUUCAUGGUGCUGCUUCCUGUACUUAGAGACGCAAGGCAAGGCAUUAAACUGGCAUCAUCACGUGCAAUUUCAAUUCAAUGUAUUUGCAGGUUGAUACGGAUUCCACAGAGGAUACCCGAUUGAUUGAACUUGAUGAGUCGCAGAAGAGUGAACACACGGUGUUUAUCAUGCCACCUGAGCCUCCCCCUGAUGACGGACAGGAUAGGCUACCUAAAUACAGGUAAGGCAGCCUGGAUACAUUUUUGUCUUCAUCCUAUUUAUAAAGAUUUUUCCGGCACACUUCAACCUUUUAUAUUAGCCUUCCUGCUUUAAAAAUUACAUUGCUACCUUGGUCUUGGUCUAUUCUGAAUUCUGAUAAUGUUGCAUCGAUGGUCGUUGGCAUUUCUUGCUUUUUUUCUACCCAGUUUCAUUAACAAUGUGCUACGGCAUGGAUAUUCCCAAUGUCUGGAAGUUAUUUUGUCUUGUGAAAGAAAGGUAUCUUGGUAGUACAGUAUUGCAUAGCCUAGCAUUCUAAAUAUAAGCUUAAAAAUUGUCUUGUAUUAAUAAUAAUAAUAAUGAUAAAUUAUUAUUUGUACCCCACCCAUCUGGCUGGGUUUCCCCAGCCACUCUGGGCGGCUUCCAACAAAGAUUAAAAAUACAUCAAAAUGUCACACAUUAAAAACUUCCCUGAACAGGGUUGCCUUCAGAUGUCUUCUAAAUGUCAGGUAGUUGUUUAUCUCUUUGACAUCUGAUGGGAGGGCGUUCCACAGGACAGGUGCCACCAUCAAGAAGGCCCUCUGCCUGGUUCCCUGUCACUUCACUUCUUGCGGUGAGGGAACCACCAGAAGGUCCUAGGCGCUGGACCUCAGUGUCCAUGCUGGACGAUGGGGAUGGAGAUGCUCCUUCAGGUUUACUGGGCCGAGGACAUUUAGGGCUUUAAAGGUCAACACCAACACUUUGAAUUGUGCUCGGAAACGUACUGGGAGCCAAUGUAGGUCUUUCAAGACUGGUGUUAUGUGGUCUCGGCGGCCGCUCCCAGUCCCCUGUCUAGCUGCUGCAUUCUGGAUUAGUUGCAGUUUCUGGGUCACCUUCAAAGGUAGCCCCACAGAGAGCGCAUUGCAGUAGUCCAAGCAGGUAGCACCUUAGAGUACUACACCUAAGGUGCAGUAGCACCUUAGAGACUAACUAAGUUUGUUCUGGGUAUUUUAACACUGAUCAGAUGUUUGAGCAGCUUAGAGAAAGUGUGGCAUAGCUUCUUUGCAUAUUCAGUAGGAUAGAUGGAUUGUAGAGGGUUCUUAAUUCUAAGACCCUUAGUUAUAAUGUCCAGGUUCUUACAUUUAGUCAGAAAGUUGAUAUCGGUCUGUACCUGUGCAAGUUUCUUUGUGAGGUUGAUGGACUUCCAUUUCAUGCAGCUCAAUGGUGCUCAAGUUGGUCUCUAAGGUACUACUGGACAAUUUUUUAAUUUUUUAAUUUAUUUCGACUGCGUCAGACCAACACGGCUACCUACCUGUAUCUAAAUAUAAGCUAUUAUUCAAAACAUUAUGGUUUCGAUCCAAAGAACUAUGCAACUCAUUCUGUAUGCAUGAGAGAAGCUAGGAGCAGCUCUUCUCAAAAAGAUUAUUUUAGCCUGUUCUUGGCCACCCCCAGCUGCUUGCCAAAGCUCUUUUGAAAACUGGAAGGAGAAUUCAAAAGCAGCUUGCGAUACAAGAAGAGGGUGAAAAUGAAAUUCCAUCGGGAAUAUCCCAAGUCUUUGGGCAUUCCCCUGUUCCUGUUGAGAGCCUUCAUCCCAACAUCAUCCAGAUGCCUUCUGAAGGGGAAUCCAAAAUGGUUACAAAUCAUACAGAGAACUGGUCUGGUUGUCGUAUCAAUUUAAUGUUUUGUGGUGAGAUCUCACAGGGCUCCAAGUGAGACUGAGAACGGCUGUAGCUCAGUGGUAGCACACAUGCAAAUUCAGUAGAUUCAGUCCCUAGCAUUUUCCGGUUGAGAGUCUCAGGUACCAGGACUGAAAAGGAAGUGUUGGAGAGUCACUCAAUGUUAGGGUGGACAAUAUUGGCUUGACUCUGUGCGUGUUACGAGUGUCUGCGUGCGUACAUGUACACGUGUACAAAACAGAUUCUUGCCAUUUCUACUACAGUGGUACCUCGGGUUACAUACGCUUCAGGUUACAGACUCUGCUAACCCAGAAAUAGUACCUCGGGUUAAGAACUUUGCUUCAGGAAGAGAACAGAAAUCGUGCGGCGGCGGUGGGAGGCCCCAUUAGCUGAAGUGGUACCUCAGGUUAAGAACAGUUUCAGGUUAAAAACAGACCUCUGGAAUGAAUUAAGUUCUUAACCCGAGGUACCACUGUAAUUAAAAUGCUAAUGACAUAUUUGAUCUUAUUGGUAGAGUCCCCACCUGCCCCAAAGCAGUUUUACUAAUCACUGUGGUAUAUUUUCAAGUUUAAUUUUAUACCUUGCAUUUAACGUUCAGCUGCAUUCAUCCCUCUGUAUUUCUAGGAGUGGUACCUCAGAUUACAAAUGCUUCGGGUUACAAACGCUUCGGGUUACAAACUCCACUAACCUGGAGUAGUACCUUCGGGUUACGAACUUUGCCCCAGGGUGAGAACGGAAAUCGCGUGCCGGCAGCAGCAGUGGGAGGCCCCAUUAGCGAAAUCACGCCUCAGGUUAAGAACGGUUUCGGGUUAAGAGUGGAUCUCCGGAACGAAUUAAGUUUGUAACCCGAGGUACCACUGUAUGGCUAAAAUCCACCGUACACAAUUCUUGGUUGGAAGUUGUCGAAGUGGUGUCUUAUGCUAAAUAUAUUGUGCUUCAACAAACAAACAGGCUUGGCUCACACCUUUUGAACUUGUCUCUUUCAGCUAUAAAACCUUCCCCAGGCUAGACUUGAAGCUUUUUGACAGACCACAAGAGCUCAAGCUUUCCUUCAGCAGGCACUCAACUGGAGGAAACAUUUCCAAUAGUCCAGCACUUAUGGCAAAGAGGACAAAGCAGGUCAGGUUUUUAUUUAAAAGCAAUGUAUUAGAUUAUAUAAGAGGAAGCAUAUAUUUUAUGUAAGCAACUGAGAGAUGUUUUUUAAAAAAUAAUUGAUAUAUAAGUCUUGUGAAAUAAAAUAAAUAAGUAACUCUGAGAAUAGCUGAAUGUUCAGCUCUGAAUAUUUGAAGCAGAGCUAAAACCCUGGGAAAAGCCAUACUUUCAGAACUGCUUUCUGUCUUUCACACUGCAUGUUGUUAAAGGAUUGUGAGAUGUGACGUUCUGACUGAUCACUGUGAUUUCCCCCCCUUUUGUUUUGCUUUACUUUUCUGUAGGAGAUAAAAGCAGCUCAUAAGCUUGCCAAGAAAUACUACGCAAAUGCUUCCCAGUGGGCCAAGUGUCUCUUCAGCCAUUGCUACAGCUUAUGGUUCAUUUGUCUCCCAGCUUAUGUUAGGGUUUCCCACCCCAAAGUCAGAGCCCUGCAGCAGGCAUAUGAAGUUCUUAUUAAAAUGAGGAAAACUGAUGUGGAACCACUAGAUGAAGUAAGUUAAACAAAAACAUAUACCACAUAAAGAGAUCCAAAUGCAUUUUUAAUCUUUGCUUGAUAUUUGUAUUGUAGAACUGUUUUGUUUUUGCUUUUUUACCAGAAAUUUCAAGCUUCCUUAGUUUUGGAUUAAAUGAACUUCAGAUAUUUCCUUUUUUUCUCUGAAUACAGAAAUCAGAUAUGGUCUAAAUAAGCAAGCCAGAAAUCCAUUUAGUGACUUGAAAUCUUGCUAGCUUACUCUGCCAGUGUAACUGCUCAGAGGAAGAAAAUGUGGUGAAUUCUGUCAGUUAUUAGCAGCACUUCAGAUCUUUUUAAUCACAGCAAUUGCCUUAACAUCCAUUACUCUUGGGUGGUGCUGUUUCUGAGUUAGACUUGGAAGAACAGAACUGUGAUGUGUUCCCUGUAUACAACCCCUUCCUCUCUAAAUGUGGGAAAGUAGUUUCGGCAAACUCUAGUUGUCUUCCCUCUGAGAAUAACAUUUGCCUCGCUCCACGGUCAAGCACACAUACUCAGGAAUAUGUCUUUCUUUCACCGGACCCUCCUGUAAUUUUGUAAAAAGUCCAAUUGCUCAAAACUUUCUUAUUACGAUUCACCUAUAAAAAUAUAAAUUAAUGGUUAGAUGAGAAAGUGAAGUUUCCCCGGGGAGAAAAGCAUGAAAAAAGAUGGCAGUGAGGCAGAAAAGGGAAAUUAUUUUGGACAGGUCAGCUUAAACCAUCUGCAAACUUUAAAAGCUUAUUCUGAAACUAUUUGUCUCCUCUUCCACUUGGACUGUAAUUGGGAAUGUAAUAAUCUUGGCUCUAACAUAUCGUCACACUCGCUUCCUUUAGUGAGUUCAGGGAAGUUUUUAAUGUGUGACAUUUUUAUGUAUUUUUAAUCUUUGUUGGAAGCCGCCCAGAGUGGCUGGGGAAACCCAGCCAGAUGGGCGGGGUACAAAUAAAUAAUAAUAAUAAUAAUAAUAAUAAUUAUUAUUAUUAUUAUUAUUAUUAUUAUUAUUUAGUGAGUUUCCUCCUCUAAACCUUGCCUCAACCAAAUUUAGAUAGGGAAAAAUAAAGAACGUAUUUCCAUGCAGAUGCAGGUGACACCCUUAGGUGUCAAGUUUGGAAUUAAUGAGAAAAGUAUAAUAUUGAAUUAGCGCCACCAGAAUAAUCUUCUGAAACUUGGCAUAAGGAACUGAAAAUCCACCUAGCUGUCACAUCAGGUUUGGGACAGGAAUAAGGAAGAAUGUGGUCUUUGUUUAGGGUGGCAUCUAUGGGUGGUGAGGGGAAUUUCGGGCCCAACCCCUCAUUAUUAGCUUGGCUUAUUAUUGGUAUUAUCAUUCCGCCCCCCACCUCCUCCCUGCCUUUUCUUUCCUCACUCUGAGAAAGGGCUAAGGGGAUCCUUCUUCAGAGUGAGAACUAUAUAUGAGAGGGCCUGUGCCGUACCAGCUUGGAGAUCUGUUUUAAACUUAAACUUCAUUUUUGAAAGUUUCUUUUUAAAACUAUAAACAUUCCUUCCGGCUCUGCUGCUGUCAACCAACCCUCUCCAGUGGGACCUUGGUUGUUGAACGGCUUGGCUCCCGAAUGCCGCAAACCCGGAAGCAAGUGUUCUGGUUUGCAAACUUUUUUGGGGAAGCCGAAUGUCUGACGUGGCUUCCGCUGCUUCUGGUUGAGUGCAGGGGUGGAAAGGAGAUUUGGGGAGGGAGAGCGAGAGGAAGGAAGGAAGGAAGGGAGAAAGAGAGAAUAGGUGAAGGGAUUAAUUGAAAUUAUUAAAGAUUGGUAUAGGAUUUAAGAGAUUUAAAUUUUUAUAAAUAUUCUAUAAGGAAAGCCAAAAGCAGCAAGAAAUAUCAAGUAAAAGUAUCGGAGAGGAGAUCAGUGUAAAUGAAAACAUGAGGCUUGUGGUUUUGUUACAUAUGAUUUUAUUUUUGAGUUGUCUGCUUAUUUUGGAGUUGUUUGCUGUAAAGAAUGUAUAUUAUGUGAAUAAAAUAAUAAAGGAUUAAAAUAAAAGAAAAAAGAAAGAGAGAAAAAUAAAAUUCAGAAAGUAAAGGACUUGCAAUUCUUCGUCUGUCUGCUCUAUAUAAACAAUAUUCACUUCAUCCACUCCAAUAUAACACCGAACAAAGCCACUUUCUAUGAACAAAUGUGAUCUUCAGCCCUGAAAUCCAAAUGUCAUUAUUUCAUUUUCUUUUUCAUGCAGAAAGUCAUAGAGGAAGCCUUUUUAUCUUUUGCAGGUAGUCACAUCUGGCGCCAAAGUUCCUUCUAACAAUAUGAACUUUUCCAUCUUUUACCAGGUGUGCUAUAGGGUUGUGAUGCUGCUCUGUGGACUUUGGGGCCAUCCUGUUCUGGCUGUGAGGGCCCUCUUUGAAAUGAAAAUUGCUGGCAUAGCACCCAAUGCCAUCACAUAUGGGUACUACAACAAGGUAAGCAAGCAAUGGGGUGAGCGGUUGCUGGAGACCACCAUCAAGGAAGCCCUUACACACCGUGUAGAUUCCUCUUAUUCUGGGUGAUGACCUUGAGGAACCUUCCUGUUUAGGCCUGUUGUUGUUGUUUAGUUGUUUAGUCGUGUCCGACUCUUCGUGACCCCAUGGACCAGAGCACGCCAGGCACUCCUGUCUUCCACUGCCUCCCGCAGUUUGGUCAAACUCAUGCUGGUAGCUUCGAGAACACUGUCCAACCAUCUCACCCUCUGUCGUCCCCUUCUCCUUCUGCCCUCCCAUCUUUCCCAACAUCAGGGUCUUUUCUGGGGAGUCUUCUCUUCUCAUGAGGUGGCCAAAGUACUGGAGCCUCAGCUUCAGGAUCUGUCCUUCCAGUGAGCACUCAGGGCUGAUUUCCUUCAGAAUGGAUAGGCUUGAUCUUCUUGCAGUCCAUGGGACUCUCAAGAGUCUCCUCCAGCACCAUAAUUCAAAAGCAUCAAUUCUUCGGCGAUCAGCCUUCUUUAUGGUCCAGCUUUCACUUUAUUUAGGGCCAAUUCUGAAAGAAUGGUACGUGCUCAUCGUAUUUUGAAAGGAAUCCCUUGAGCCACCUAUCUGUUGUAACUGGUAAUGGAUCUCACUUCUUCAUCAGUCGAAUCUGUUGGAUAUUUUUCAGGGCAUUGUCCCAUAAAUGUUAAAAUUCCAGCAGCUCUCAGGUUUAGUUGUUAGUGAGAUUGUUUCAAAGGGGGGAAUCCCAGAGCACAGCUUUGGUGCAAUAUAGCACUGUAGGGUGGGAAUGCUUAAUGCAUUGAGUUUUGGGCUGUGGGCGAGGUCGUUAAGGAAGCGAGGUCGUUAAGAAAGAGGUUAAAAAGAGAGGGAGCAAGUACACAGCCCUGCUUUACUCCUCGGUUUAUGAUGACAGGAUCUGUCAUUUCAUUCCCUGGUGUUGUUCUUAUACGGCAGGUGUUCUUUGUAUAAAGCUUUUUGUUCAAGUAAAGUAAUCUGGGUUCUAGGCCCAUUGUCUCCAAUUUGGUCCAUAACAGCCCCCUGUCAACAGUGUCAGAAACAGCCUUAAUAUCUAGGAAGGCCACAUAGAGAUGUUCUGCCACUGGGGAAGUGGUAAUCCUGUAUUGAUUUGUUUUGGAUGUUUGUAUGUGUUGCCACAUAUGGGACGCGGGUGGUGCUGUGGGUUAAACCACAGAGAAGGUCGGCGGUUCGAAUCCCCACGGCGGGGUGAGCUCCCGUUGCUUGGGCCCUUCUCCUGCCAACCUAGCAGUUCGAAAGCCCGUCAAAGUGCAAGUAGAUAAAUAGGUUGUUAGUGAGGGAAGGUAAACGGGAAGGUAAACGGCGUUUCUGUGUGCUGCUCUGGUUUGCCAGAAGUGGCUUAGUCAUGCUGGCCACAUGACCUGGAAGCUGUACGCCGGCUCCCUCAGCCAGUAAAGUGAGAUGAGCGCCGCAACCCCAGAGUCGGCUACGACUGGACCUAAUGGUCAGGGGUCCCUUUACCUUUACCUUUAUGUGAUGCAAAUAAAAGGUUUGAUGAUGAAUAUAGCAGUGUCCCUGAGAUUGCAGUAGAUAAAUGUGAGUUAUUUGAGUUUGUUAGAGCAUUUUGACCACGGGAAACAUUUGCUUAAUCAUCUCACUUUUCCAGGCAGUUUUGGAGAGCCCGUGGCCUAGCAGCAAUCGCAGUGGUAUAUUUCUCUGGACGAAGUUGCGAAAUGUGGUGCACAGCAUGGCACAAUUUAGGCAAUGUCUCAGAAAGUCAACACAGUGUUCGCAGGCUAUUUCAAUACCAGGUAAUCGUACAGAUCAGCUUCUGCAGAAUCUGGGCAUAAAGAGCUCUCUCGUUGGCUUUAAAGUAGCAUCAGGGGAUUUCAUCAAAGAUCCAUGUAACAUAAUUUGAGAAGCAUCAAGCUGUAUCUUGUUGGAAAGCGUGGGAAAAAGGCACCUUUCCCCACCCAUUGUGAGACUACCCACAGGUAUUCAGAUUCUGGACAAUGGUUUGUCAAGAAACAAGUUGGGAAGUUUUUGCUUCUGUUUCUGAUUAACGACAGCUUUCCAUGUCCUCUGAUCCUGGGCAAUUUGUGGUUAAUUUCAAUUCUGGUUGGUAGAGCAAGACCAUUUCAGCUUGUUUUCAUUAACCACAAAUAAGAUGAUCCACAGUUUAUGAUGUGAUGGCAUUGCUAGAGAUUUUGAUUCUCGUUUUUUUUUAAAUUUACAUAUGCUUUAUACGAAUAUAAUUUUGUUUUUUCUUAUUUUUGUGAAAUCGCUCAAGGGCGUUUUAUGGGCGAGCGAUUCAUAAAAGUACUGUGGGACCUCGGUUUUCGAACGUAAUCCAUUCCGGAAGACCGUUCGACUUCUGAAAAGCUCGAAAACCGAAAGCGGAAGCCUCAAUUCAAUAGGGGAAUUCUAAACGGAAGCCACGUAGCACGUUCGGCUUCUGAAAAUCGUUGGAAAACCAAAGCAGUUACUUCCGAGUUUUCGGUGUUCGGGUUCCAAAACGUUUGUCAACAGAGACGUUUGAGAACUGAGGUUCCACUGUAAUUAAAUGCGUGCUAAAAGAAAGCGAUAGGGACGCGGGUGGCGCUGUGGGUUAAACCACAGAGCCUAGGACUUGCUGAUCAGAAGGUUGGUGGUUCGCAUCCCCACGACGGGGUGAGCUCCCGUUGCUCAGUCCCUGCUCAUGCCAACCUAGCAGUUUGAAAGCACGUCAAAGUGCAAGUAGAUAAAUAGGUACCACUCCGGCGGGAAGGUAAACGGCGUUUCCGUGUGCUGUUCUGGUUCGCCAGAAGCGGCUUAGUCAUGCUGGCCACAUGACCCGGAAGCUGUACGCUGGUUCCCUCGGCCAAUAAAGCGAGAUGAGUGCCGCAACCCCAGAGUCGAUCACGACUGGACCUAAUGGUCAGGGGUCCCUUUACGCUUUACCUAAAAGAAAGCGAAUACGAAGCUGAAACGUAAGCUUCCGAUCUCUUUGCUGGUGCACUGGAGGGAUGGAGGAGGAGAGAGCUAUUCUUGAUGGUCCUCAACCUCAGCCCUCCAGAUGUUUUGAGACUACAAUUCCCAUCAUCCCUGACCACUGGUCCUGCUAGCUAGGGAUCAUGGGAGUUGUAGGCCAAAAACAUCUGGAGGGCCGAAGUUGGCGAAUCCUGAUCUAGCGCAUUCUCUGAAUGCAGCCAGCCGCUGUGUCUUUUCUUUUUUAAAAUAUUCAUGUCUUUUGUAUCUAAUUCACUGUUCUUCCUGUCUUCAGCUCCUCAGAUGCACACGGGUGGAAGUGAUGGGGACACGGUGAGCCAUGAUAGUGUGACUAGUUCUAAUGAUGCUAACAGUGGGGAGCACACCUUCUUCGUCAGAGACUUAGUCAGGCUUGAUUCCAUUGCUAAUCACGCUAGCACAGGUACUAGAUACGUUGGGUUUCACUAACUGCACACCCUCCUCCUGGUACAGUGGUUCCCAAUUGGUGGUCCGUGGACCCCAGAGGGUUCCGUGCGACCCAACCGGGGGCGGGGGGGGUCCUGCGGCACCAUCCACAUAACAAAAACUACCACAGAGGUAUCAACAUUUUCAAAAGCGGGGGUCCUACUUUUGGCUUUUGAAAAACAGGGGGUCUGCAGUCCUUAGCUCAUUGGGAACCACUGUCCUAAUACAUUGCUGACUUGAAUUUCCUUCGCGUCGUUCUCUCUGUUUGCAAGAAAUUGUGUACCGUGACAUUUUGAGAGUUGAACAGCCGAAUCCAUCAGGACACAGUUCAAGGGGUGAUCAUCGGGAAACGAAUGGCAUGUGUCAAUCACAGGCUGAGUGCAUGUUUCUACAUGGGUUCAGACAUAGAAGUAUCUCACUGGCGUUAUUCCGCAUCUCAUGAUGUGGGUCCUAAAGGAGGAAUAACAGGGGACAAUAUUAAUGGGAAAGAGUGGGGGGGCGACAUAACACAGUGCUGUUGAUUAAUAAUAAGGAAAUGUAGCUUUGUGUCAGCUUGGAAAUUGAAUUUGGCCACCCUAGAGCAAUUUGGUCUUUAGAAGGCAGUGGAUAAGGCAAAUUCUUGUACAUACACGUAAUCUGUUGAUAAGAAUAGAGCAUGCUGUUCAAAUUACAAAUUGGCAAACAACCCGUUGGCAGGAAAAGCAUUGUGUUAUAUGUAUAUAAAAAUGUACGGUAUAUUUGAACUUGGCUUACGUUUCGGGGAGGGAAAAGGGGAAAUUGCUAAGAAGCAGCUGCAUACUCAAUGUGGAAUAUAGUGUUUCAGCCAAAGCAGCAAUAACUUGCAUCAGGUAGAAACAUUAUAGAUUGUAACCAACAUUUGGUGUCCAGAUACGAAUGUGCAUUUAGGGUUUUCUUUGGUUUUUGCUUAGCUCUGUGUAGUGUAUUUUUUAUGAUUACUCCUUAAAUGUUUUCUUCCCCCUCUCACUCAGCCUUUCAAAUUAUAGAUGUUAUGCAUUUUAAAUAAAGGCAAAAACUGAAGGCAUCGCCACACACAGAUCUUCCUCAUAGCCUGUCCAUGUUUUUCCUCUUCUCUCACUUUCUGGACUAAACUUUCUGACAUCUUUCCUUUUUAAAGCAUUUUGAGUCUCUCUUUCCUGUGUAGAUGGCUUGGCUGUUUUUGCCUUGUAGACGACUAAACAUUCCUUCUCUCUGAUCUCUCUUGCUCUGCUUCUUGCUCUGUGCUGUCCCUUGGUGCCGCAUUUGUCCUCGGUGUGGGGUGCAGACUUGCAUGGCGCGAAGCCUUGGAGGCAAAUGUGCACUAAUUCUGCCCUUGAAUGUUAACCACUCCAGGUAAAUUUUCCCAUUUAUUAAUGGGGUUCUUUUGUCACUUGAUGCGCAAGGAGUAGUUAGAGGGGUUUUUCCCCUUAACCUGAUAUUGUAAAUAAUGACCAGUUGGUGUGGCACACUUACUUGUAAGAACGAAGUUAGGCACUUUCCAUUAAUCGGUUAAUCGGAGCUUGGGCACAAUGCCAGAAAGCUCCCCUGGCAAUAAGCAAAAACCCGUUUGCCGUUAAGCAAGCUAUCCUAUAAGGAGAUGUGCUGCAGAACUUCUGUUUGGUACUUGGCACAAAUCCAUGUUGCAUGCUUUUCUGCUUCUGACCAUCUUCGUGCACCUAAUGGACUUAACGAGGGGGCUAUAGCAGAGAGAUACUGGGUUUUCUUAGGCUCUGUGACCGUUGGGCAGCUGCUGGGAUUGGCAGCCGCUGAGAUCCCUCAUUCUGCUGACCCUCAAAGGAAGAUCAACAGCACGAAUGAGAAGCUGGAGGUUUCUGUGCUGCGAGAGGCCUAGACCCCAAGGCACAGCAGAGGUCUGACUGGUUAAUUCAGUAGGAUUGUGGCCCUGUAUACAGUGGUACUUCGGGUUAAGUACUUAAUUCGUUCCGGAGGUCCAUACUUAACCUGAAACUGUUCUUAACCUGAAACUGUUCUUAACCUGAAGCUAAUGGGGCCUCCUGCUGCUGCCGUGCCGCUGGAGCACAAUUUCUGUUCUCAUCCUGAAGCAAAGUUCUUAACCUGAAGCAAUAUUUCUGGGUUAACGGAGUCUGUAACCUGAAGCGUAUGUAACCCGAGGUACCACUGUAUGUGUAAUGGGCAAGUAGCUAACAGCAGUGGGUUAACUAGCUUCUAUCCCAGAGAAGAGCAGACUAAUGCAUUUUAUUGUGGGGUAUGUGGUCAGUGCUGUUUUUCUAGAAAAAGGUGCUGGAACUCACCAUGAACAUCUCCCUUGUUCUCUUAUAAUGGACGUGGGUGGUGCUGUGGUCUAAACCAUUGAGCCUCUUGGGCUUACCCAUCGGAAGGUCGGCAGUUCAAAUCUGCACGACGGGGUGACCUCCCGUUGCUCUGUCCCAGCUCCUGCCAACCUAGCAGUUUGAAAGCACAACAGUGCAAGUAGAUAAAUAGGUACCACCGUGGCGGGAAGGUAAACUGUGCUUCCAUGCGCUCUGGUUUCCGUUACGGUGUCCCAUUGCGCCAGAAGCAGUUUAGUCCUGCUGGCCACGUGACCCGGAAAGUUGUUUGCAGACAAACGCCGGCUCCCUCAGCCUGAAAGCGAGAUGAGCGCCGCACCCCAUAGUUGUCUUUGAUUGGACUUAACCAUCCAGGGGUCUUUUUUACCUUAUAAAGGUAAAGGUAAAGGUACCCCUGCCCAUACGGGCCAGUCGUGUCCGACUCUAGGGUUGUGCGCCCAUCUCACUUAAGAGGCCGGGGGCCAGCGCUGUCCGAAGACACUUCCGGGUCACGUGGCCAGCGUGACGAAGCUGCAUCUGGCGAGCCAGCGCAGCACACGGAAACGCCAUUUACCUUCCCGCUAGUAAGCGGUCCCUAUUUAUCUACUUGCACCCGGGGGUGCUUUUGAACUGCUAGGUUGGCAGGCGCUGGGACUGAGCAACGGGAGCACACCCCGCCGCGGGGAUUCGAACCGCCGACCUGACGAUCGGCGAGUCCUAGGCACUGAGGUUUUACCCACAGCGCCACCCGCGUCCCUUAUAAUGACCCGUUAAUGGUCCUUAUUCCUCUGGGGAGAGUCAGCUUCAAUAACGUCCUGCUGAAAAUUCGCUCUGCAGAUCAAACAAACCUUUUCAUUCUGUCUCUGCUGCUGCUCUUUCCCCUUCGCACUCCAAAUAUUAUGUGAGGGUAAUUUUUGUGUGCAAGGCACCAAGAGUCCCCCCACCCCUCUCCCAGUAAUGUAAAACAUCAAAUGUGGGCUUGCUGAUUGGGAAAUAAUUUGCUAGAAGGUCUGUUGCAUUUUUCCUCCCUGCAGGUGCUCAGUCCGAUCAGGGUUAUGGUUCUAAAGAUGAACUUGUAAAGGAUGAUGCAGACAGUCUUCAUACAACAGAUACGCUUGUAGAAAAAGCACUUGUUGCCAAAGGCGAUGACUUAAUUGGAGGUAUGGCGUUGACAAUUUUAUUCACUUUAGUGAUGCUUUAUUAAGUAAAGCAAACGGACCUUGUGUGUUUUUGAUCUUGCUAGGGAAAGCACACGUUCAGUAUGUUUACAGCCUCCACCUGAAUCUUUCAGAAUAAAAAGGCUGGAGAAACAAACAAUUAAUAAAGCGCAGCUAGAGUUCGCUAGGCUGUGCUUUUUAAUAGCAGUACAGUGGUACCUCGGGUUAAGUACUUAAUUUGUUCCAGAGGUCCAUUCUUAACCUGAAACUGUUCUUAACAUGAAGCACCACUUUCGCUAAUGGGGCCUCCUGCUGCUGCCGCGCCACCGGAGCACGAUUUCUGUUCUCAUCUUGAAGCAAAGUUCUUAACCCGAGGUACUAUUUCUGGGUUAGCGGAGUCUGUAACCUGAAGUGUAUGUAACCUGAAGCGUAUGUAACCCAAGGUACCACUGUACAUAGCCAGGAGAAGUCCAGCUGAUUUGAGCCUUCUCUUUCAUUGUUGACGCUCUCUGUGCAAUGUAGCUGUCGGAGACCCUUGUGCAUCGAGAGCUGGGAAUUUCAGGGCAGAAAGGAGCAUAGGGGAAAGUGCUCACUCUUGCCACUGCUCACUCACCUGGAGGGGAUGAGGAAACAGGUAGCAACAACAAGGAGAAGCAGCAGGGGCUGGGGCUGGGUGAGUUUGGCAGUGGGUCCGCUUGCUGGAAUGUGGGCUGAGGUCGGUACCCAGGGCUGCUAGUCCUGACUAAGUGACUAUCAACAAUCUGUCUGCUAUGUGAAAUACUGAGGGUGAGGUUGCUAAAUUGUCCUAAAUUGCGGAACACCCUCUCCAAAGAGGUCUUGCAUCUCCUCAUCGCUGGCCUUUUUAGUCUGUAGCCAAAACGUGGCUUUUCAGGGAAGUCUUUGAGCUGUUUUAGGGUGCUGUCAUCAAUUUCAUUUGCAGCCACUAUUCCCUGUUUUUUUCUGCUUAAAAUGUUACCUUUUGUGUGUGAGAGUGUAUGGAAUUAAAGUCUGUUUUGUUUGAUUAAAGUUAUGCACUGCUUGGUUGUAAAAAACAAAACACCUCAAAGUGCUUUAAUUUUUUUGCUAAGUAUAAAUGCCGGAAAAAAAUUGGCCUGGCCUAAAAUCCAUUUUAUAAAAUGGUAGAAAUGAUACUUCUUUGGUGCAAUGCACUGGUUUUGAGCUUCUGUUUUACUGACAGAGCAUUUAACUCUUAGCCCUCUCUCCCUUCCCUUUUGAAGAAUUUUGUGUUGCCGGUGAGUCCGUUGAAAAGCCACAUCAUCAUGCAGAACCACACAGUCUGGUUGAAGUAUCUUUGCACCCGUCAAGUAGCAUCGUCAAGAUUCCCUCUUGUGUUUUUGAUGGCACCGGCAGGAAGAGCAGCAGCGGUGAGUUAGUGAACACACUUUGGUUAUUGUAGCUAUAAAACGGAUGGCCCAUUAGGCAAGCCUGAUCCUGCCCAAGAAAACGUCUUUGAUGUGUCAGGUGCUGGAAUGUGUAUAGGAAUAAUAAAAACCAGCGCUUGUGAGUAUAUGCAGAAUGCCUUUUCUCUCGGAGAGAUGUUUCGCCAGACAUCUGGGAUUUCUUGCAGUGGGGGAGGGAGAGAAAUAAAUCUCUAGCAACUUUUGUACAGAAUUAAGCCCUGCAUUACAAAAAUACUAGUUUGGCAGGUAGGUCCCUUCUGAACUUUCCAGUAGCCUUGCCCAGCGAGAGGUUUAGGACUGUAGCUGUUUUUAUUUUGAAAGUGUCCAACUUUAAUAUGCUUCUUGGAAAAGCAUGUUGAAUGUAAUGUGUAGUUUUGCCUGCCAGCUCAUCAAAUUAUUUUGCUUUUAUGUUUUUUGUGGUCCCUCUUUUGUAUUCUCCUGUGCUUUUCAUGCAUUAUGCAUUCACCAUUUUUGCAUUUCCUGGAUCGAUGCAUCAUUUUAUUCAUGCUCAUGUUCUUUGUAUGUUUAAAGGAACGGGAUCCAGUCCUCUUUUCAUAGCUCAGGAUACCGUUGAAGAUUCCGUGUUUGACAGCAACACUUCUCCCAAGAGAACCAGCGAGAAAGGGAAUAAAAAGCAAAAGCUUUUUUCAGAAAGGAGCUGUAGCUUCAGCUCCGAAAGCAGGGCAGGCAUGUUGCGGAAGAAGAGCAGCCUGGAUCUGAAUACCAGCGACGUAGCCAUCAUGAUGGGCGCGGAUGCAAAGAUUCUUACGGCGGCUCUGUCCGGGACCAAAACAUCACCGCUGCCCCAUGUGAGCAAACCCCACAGCUUUGACACCGCAGGUGGCGGGCUGUUCUUCUCUGCCACAGACACAACUAGGACUCGUGCGAGCGAAAAUAUUUGGGAAUCAGAGUCUAGGUCGUCCCCUGUUCUGGAGGAGCCCGAGGAAGGACAGGAACAGCUUGAAAAUGGGCAUGAUGACAGCACGGCCAAAGCGGAGAUCGCCAACCCCAAACCUCUUGAAACCGCGCAGCCCCAAACAGAGCAGGCGGAACCCAAAGACGCAGUGAACAAGAGAAGUAGUUUAUAUGGCGUGGCCAGGCCUGUUGAGCGAGAGGACGUUCAGGUGGGCCUGGACCCUCUGUCUUUGCUGGCAACCGAGACCGCAGAGCCCAAACCCGCCAAAGAGGAAGAAAAGUUGAUGUCACCGGUCGUGGCUCGCAACCUGGCCGAUGAGAUCGAAAGCUACAUGAACCUGAAAAGUCCCCUUGGCAGCAAAUCUUCCAGCAUGGAGCUCCACAGGCCGGACAGCAUCAGUCAAGAGGCAGCCUCCUCAUCUCUCUUGGGCCCUUCUCUCGAGAGGAGGUCGAGCUUGCCCUCCGAUUCCGCUCCGCCAGCCCAGGUUCCGAACGCGAGCCGGAAGAGCCCCGCCGUCUCCAGGUCCAAAACGUUCACCGGGAGACCGAAACAACUGGCCCUUUCGCGUAGCCAAAAAGAACGGUCGACAUCUUUGACGGGCUUGGGCAAAACUUCGCCGCAGGCGUCGUUGGGCGCGGUCGUCACAACUCUGUCCGGUCUGAAGCUAGACCACAUAUUAUCGGGACCUAAAAUGGACGUCCUGAAGUCUGGAAUGAAACAAGCGGCUCAUGUCGCCAGCAAAGUGUGGGGUGCUGUGUCCUCAGCAUACAGCUAUUCAGACGAUGAGGUAAGUUUGAAUUUGUUUAUUUUAUUUUAUAUUUUUUUAAAAAACCAUUUUUAUUUGGUUUACAAAUAUAACAAUCCAGAUACAUAUCCAUAUAUAGAGAUCCUCUGAAUCUCAAGACCCACCCCCAUCCCCUUCAUGGGUCCUGUUGUCAAUAUUUGAAACUGUAUAUCAUUCCAAGGUCUAUAUUUUAUAUCAAUCCAUAUUAUCCAAAACGUUCGUUACAUUCCAAGUGAGUUUAAAAUCCUGCUGAUGUUUUCAUCUGCUUGCAAUGAUCUCCUAGAUAUAUUAUGAAUUUCCCCAAUUUUUUUAGUUUUUGUCUUCUUGGUUCCUGAGCUUUCCUGUCAGUUUUGCCAUUUUGGCAUAUUCCAUCAGCUUAGUUUGCCAUUCCUCUUGGGCUUGCUGAUUGGAAGGUCAGCGCCUUCCCCAGAGGAGGGAACUUUGGAUUUGAGGUUUCAAAAAAGAGCCCCUUACACUGUGAGGUCUUUUCGAAAUGGCAAGGAAUUUCAAAAACAGUUUUUUCUGUGAACAGCCUGCUGUACAGAGGGAUGGGGAAAUGGCCCAGAAUUCCACCAGCUGUUCUCAAACCCAUAGACACAACUAAAGAAGGUCAUUGGAGCCUGGCUGCAUAUUCUGUCUAUAUAUUAUGGCCGUUUCCCCCCCUCAAGCAAAGUUAUGUUUCCCAGUUCUGUUCCCUCAUAGCUAUGUGCCUCCAAAUUCCUUCUGGCAAUCCUUUUCUGCUAGCUGUUCUUCGUCUUCUGUCUGCAAUGAUUGGCUGCAAAUGCUAGGCAUUUAGGAGACAAUUACACUAGAAAUACAAGUGCACUACCUUGCUUUUUUUUCUGUGUGUGGUUUGGGAGCUGCACGGCCACGGGAAAAAACAAUGCUAUCCAGUAUUGUAAAGACUGCAGAGAGAAUAAUUGGGUGCACUCUUCCCACCUUAGAUCAAAUCUAUGCUGCCAGCUGCCAUAAGAAAUCGGCAGAGAUAGCACAGGAUAGUACGCACCCCGGAAAUGAUCUCUUUCAGCUUCUGCCUUCUGGAAGAAGGUAUAGGGUUAUAAAGGCCAGGACUAGCCACCUGAGAAACAGUUUCUACGCAAAUGCAAUUCUGGUUCUAAACACAGCAUAAGGGGUCUCUAUAGUAUAGUGUAUUUUAUAGUAUAGUUUAUUUUAAAAUGGGGUUUCAGAGUUUUUAGGGGUUUUUGAAUGAUUUAUGUAGUUUUUCAAUUUCAUUGUUCUGUAUGGGACAAUGACAAUAAAGAUAUCGUAUAUCGUAUCGUAUAUCGUAGAGUGAUAACUGAAUGUCAGAGAAGCAACGUGGGUUGUCAUUGAUAAGAGAUAUUGAACUUGUCUGUCAUUUCUCCCCCCCCCCUUUCAUCUGAAGGAAGAAACCAGCCGACCUGACUUCACCUUUGCUGCUGGCUUUGAAGAUCAUAUUCUAGGUGUCAAUCAGCCGCCCAAAAUGGGAAUCGCAGGGCUUGCCACCAGUGAACUUGCCCAGAGCACCACCAGUCUUGGAAGCAGCAACAGCAGUGGCGACGUAGGGAGACAGCAUUUCCAAGCAGGUAUUCUCCUCCCCUCGCAGCUAGGAUGGGCUGUCUGACACUUGAGAUCAAGGUGCUGAAAAUUUCUAGUUGCCAGGUAAUUUGCAGGUUUAGAAGAGCCCCAUUCCAGAAACUCCUGGGUUAGGUGUUUGUGGCAUUCAACAUCGAGGAAACCAGGAGGUAAAUAUAUGAGCUUGAAUCCUGCUGGUAUAGAGCUGCCCUGGACUCAGAAUUGACCUGCGCCUCCAUGAGUCCAAAAUGACUCCCAGGCUGUGUACCUGGUCCUUCAGGGGCACAGUGACCCCAUUCAGGACCAGGGAGUCCUCCACACCAGCCUGCCUCCUGUCCCCCCAAAACAGUACUUCUGUCUUAUCAGGAUUCACCCUCAAUCUGUUAGCCGCCAUCCAUCCUCCAAAGCACAGAUGUAUCAAGACUAUACAGUGGUACCUCUGGAUGCGAACGGGAUCUGUUUCAGAGCCCCGUUCACAUCCAGAGCUGAACGCAACGUGUGCGGGUCGCAAUUUGCCGCUUCUGUGCAUGUGCGUGACGUCGUUUUGAUUGUCUGCGCAUGCGUGAGCGGCGAAACCCAGAAGUAACGCGUUCCAUUACUUCCGGGUCGCCGCGGAGCAUAACCUGAAAACGCUCAACCUGAAGCGACUUCGACCCAAGGUAUGACUGUACAGUGGUACCUCGGUUUUCAAAUGUCUUAGAAGUCGAACAUUUCAGUUUUCGAACGCUGAAAACCCGAAAGUCAAUGCUUCGAUUUUCGAACACUUUUCAGAAGUCGAAUGUGCUUCCGUAUUGAGUUUUCCGUAAGUAAAUGCUUCCGGAAAUGCGUGCUUCGUUUUUUGAACGUUUCGGAAGUCAAAUGGUCUUCGGGAAUAGAUUACAUUCGAAAACCAAGGUACCACUAAAUAUAUAUAUAUAUUUCCCUAGUAAAAUACGUGUUUAGGCUUAUCCGCAUGCCAAAAUCGGUUGUUCCUAUGUUUCUCAAGCUGUCUUCACAUUUUCCUCUGUUGCCUUACCUUCAGCCUUGAACGUGUCCCCAUUCCGUUUGUGUUGUGCAGGUGAAGUUCAGAUUCCAAGAAGUAUGAAAGGUCUGGAUUCGGAAAAGUCAGAACAUGGCUCUUCCCACAACACCAGUUUGUCCAGCAUCUUCCAAAAUUGUGCCAUGGAGGUAAAAAUAGUUGAUCUUCUGCUAGAUUUAUUUUGAGGGAUGUUGGAGACAUUUCAUUCUAUCAGUACUUGGUGGAACCAGAUCUUGUUCAUCAAUAUGUAAAAUGAAUUGAAAACAAGCAUUUCAAGUUUAUUUUAUUUAAAAAAAUAAUCAAGUCAACUAUUUUAAAACCUGCAACAAUUUCUCUUUAAAGUUCCACUUGAGAAUAUUCACUUUGAAGUUAUGUGAUGACUUGAAAUGCCUUUCGUUCUUCAGAUCAGCCUAAACGGAAUCCAUUGCCUUUUCAGACGCAGCCUGUAUAUAGUCCGUCCACACACAAAUGCUCAAAGGAUCACGGUCAAGGCAAUUGCAUACCCCUUGUGCAAUAACAGUUAACAAAAUAUGUCACGAGAAUAAGGAUUAUUGAUCUACUGAGAUGUGUUAAUUAGGAGAAGUUUUGAAGGAACUUUAAAAAAACCCAAGGGCUCUGAGUUCUAAAUAUUUGUAAGCGGAUUUCCACUUUCAUAACGGGAUUCUGCUUCCUCUCGUUCUCCCUGUAAGCUGACCUUGUACUCUCAGAAUCUGCUCCAGAAGUCCCAUUAUGCAAAUGGCCGUCUGUUCUGUUCACACGUACAGCCUCUGAUACAUAAAACCCAUAACGAUUGUAAUUAGUUGUUGUUGUUGUUUUGUUAGGUCUUAAUGUCAAGUUGUUCUCAGUGUCGUGUAUGUGGAGCUCUAGUUUAUGACGAAGAAAUCAUGGCGGGAUGGACAGCGGAUGACUCUAAUCUGAAUACUACAUGCCCAUUUUGCAAAAGCACUUUCUUACCUCUUCUUAAUGUGGAAUUUAAAGACCUGCGUGGUCUUGCAAGGUUGGUUCAUUUGCCGCUGCGUGAAUCCUUGGCCUAUUAAGUGCUGCGUAGAUAUUUCCACGUUCCAUCAUAUGCAGCUUGUGGUAGAUUUAAAUGGUAGCUGUUGAGAUAAGGGACAUUCUUUACUUCCUUUGACACCUGAACCGUCCUUUGGCUAUAUUUCUGGCUUCUCUUUCUCUUCGCACAGCAAAAUAAGUGUGUGCAGGUUUUUUCUUUCAUUUAAAACAAUUUUAUUGCCUGAGAAUCUUUUACAUGAUAAUGAAUUGGUGGGUGGCUCUCAUUUAUUUAUUUAUUUAUUUUAUUUUUAUUUAAAACAAAAAUGUAAUGUCUAUAUCAAUUUCUGGUCUAUAACAGUUAAUUGCUGAAGCCAAUUGUGAAUUCUGACUGUAGUUAAUGUACCCCCAAAAUAGGACAUUUUGCAUUCCAAUCUUUUUCAUUGGCUUUGGUUUUUUGCUCCUGUUUCCUUAUUAGCUUGCUUUUGAAACCGAGUACCUCUGGCGAUAGUUUGCACAGCAGCAACAUUCCAUUAACCACGGAUUCUCUGGAGCCAAAGGCUGUUUCAAGCCCCGCUACUGAUCUGAUCAGUUUUGCCGAAUCUUCAGAUAUGAACCAGACCAUCGCUGAAGAAAACAGCACCGCAGCGAAGCAAAGGUACCGAAAGAGAGAAAGGCAAGGCAGUUCUUAGUUCCUGGGGGAAUUCAUGCGGCCUUUGCUUUGCUUUGAAGCUUUGUUUCAAAAAAUGUUUGGAAGAACAGUGUGUACUCAAAUCUAGUGGACAAUCUGGUGGUACUUAAGAGAUCCUUGUUUGUUAAGUGCAGAGACCAAGGCAAGUAUACCCGAAGGAGCGUCUCCACCCCCAUUGUUCCGCUUGGACACUGAGGUCCAGCUCCAAGGGUCUUCUGGCGGUUCCCUCCCUGCAAGAAGUGAGGUUACAGGGAACCAGGCAGAGGGCCUUCUCGGUGGUGACACCCGCCUCCUGUCAGAUGUCAAGGAGAUUCACAAUAUUCCAAUAUACCUGAAGGAGCGUCUCCACUCCCAUCGUUCAGCCUGGACACUGAGGUCCAGCUCCAAGGGCCUUCUGCUGGUUCCUUCCCUGCAAGAAGUGAGGUUGCAGGGAACCAGGCUGAGGGCCUUCUCAGUAGUGGUGCCUGCCCUGUGGAACGCCCUCCCAUCAGAUGUCAAGGAAAUAAACAACCAGCUGACUUUUAGAAGACAUCUGAAGGCAGCCCUGUUUGGGGAGGUUUAAAAUAUUUGGUGUUUUAUUGUGUUUUUAAUACUCUGUUGGAAGCCGCCCAGAGAGGCUAGGGAGGCCUGGCCGGAUGGACGGGGUAUAAGUAAUAAAUUAUUACAGUGGUACCUCUGGUUGCAAACGGGAUCCAUUCCGGAGCCCCGUUCGCAACAUGAGCAGAAUGCAACCUGCGUCUGCGCAUGCAUGGGUUGCGAUUUGCCGCUUCUGUGCAUGCACGUGACGUCAUUUUGAGCGUCUGCGCAUGCAUGAGCGGCGAAACCCGGAAGUAACCCUUUGCAGUACUUCCGGGUCGCUGCGGGACACAACCUGAAAAGAUUUUACCUGAAGCAAACGUAACAAGAGGUAUGACUGUAUAUUAUUAUUAUAUCAGUGUGAGUAGACUGCUGCACUCGGCUGGCUUCAUUUACGGUAGAAUGAGAUGAGUCCAAAUGCCCUUUACGAAAUUGCAGUGGCAGUAUACAAAAGGUUUAGUUCCAGGACUUUGUUCCCCCUCUUCCUUCCAGUAGCCUUCCUGAGUUUUCCCCAAAGGCCUUUGCUAAGGAAGGUUUUCCGUGGUUUCCCUCUGUGCCAUCCCGCAUCCCGUUCCAAGAGGGGUUUCUCGGAGGCUGGGUGGGGAAGUAAUCUUCCACCUGGACACUUCUGCAGAUGGAAUAGUUAUCAAAGCGCUCUGUGCAUUGAAGUCUGAUAGAAAUCCUUCCCUCUAAUAGCAAACUCAGCUUUUAGCCCAAACUGGGUGACCAAGGGAUGAGAGGGAGGUAUCAGCACACUCGUGGCGAUCCCAGGGUUUGCAGAAGUACAAAGAAGUGUCUCCCUCCCCUGGAUUAGCAUUGCCAAAUUUAAAAUUAUAUUAUGAAGCAGAAUGUUUAAUUUGGGUAAGAGAUUGGAUUAGAUUGGAAAAAACUAAUAUAUUGGAUCUUGGAAGUUUUAAUAAUAGAUACGGAUGGCAUGCAUAUCUUAAUUAUCAGAAAGUAAAAGUCAAUAAAGAAUUUACAAGUCAUAUAUUAAGAGGUGCAUUAUUUAAAGUUUGGAACAAAUAUAGAUUACAUCCGGAACCACAGACACCUUGGUGGAUAUCACCGCUGGAGGCAUUUGCUAUCAAAAAAAGAUACGCUAAUAUGCCUAGAUUAAAAUGUGAAGUACUCGAUGGAAGAAAAAUUAGUAAGGGAAGAUAGUAAGAAUAUAUAGAUGAUUUGAGAAGAUUGUAGAAUGCAAAAUUAUUGUAAAUUGUAUAAUGUGGAGGAAAUUGAGUGGGGGCGGAGGGAAGUGGGAGGAAGGAGAAAAGAAUAAUACGAUGGAUUGAGGAAAUGUAAAUGUAUAGGGGGAUGGGGAAGAAAUGGUGUUGGAUUUGGUACAUCUGUAUUGUAAUAUGUGAAAACCAAUUAAAAAAAGAAGUGGUGUCUCCCUCCCCAGGAGAAAAAACCGACCUAGCAAUGACCAAAUGCUGAGGGUGGGAUUCACCUAAUGGGCGGUGCUUGCUGAAGGACUUCUGCCUGCACCAUGGGGCUUACCCCCUUCUUCUCCCCAUUGUGUGCCCUCCCCCAAAUUGAAUGGGGGUUUGGGGGAGAACACAGGGAGAGGAGAGGGGGUGCAUGCACCUAGGAAACUUCCAUCAUAGCGUGACGUUGAAUUCCACCCUUUCGUUUUAAGCACUGGCGUCGCAGGAGGAGGGGACAGGGACCUCAACCCCCCCAAGCCCUCUGCUACAAGCAACGCCUCGCAACGAGGAGGUUCUCUGACUCGGAGCCAUAGCGUUGGUGGUCCGCUGCAAAAUAUUGAUCUCUUGCAAAGGCCGGCUCAUGGCAUCUCAACCGUCAGCCUUCCCAACAGCUUGCAAGAGGCUGCGGUAAGUCGUCAGCAAUAACUGCUUGUUAAGCUGAUUUGUUGGUAGCGAGUGACUGCAUGUGCUUUGAGAUCCUUUGCUAGCUACAGAGCAUCUUGAACAUUAUCAUCCUCGUUUGGAUGGGCAGGAAGAGAUUCUCCAGGAACUUUGAUCUUGUGUACAGUAAACGCGGGUGGUGCUGUGGGUUAAACCACAGAGCUUCUUGGGCUUGCCGAUCAGAAGGUCGGCGGUUCGAGUCCCCGCGACGGGGUGAGCUCCUGUUGCUCGGUCCCUGCUCCUGCCAACCUAGCAGUUCGAAAGCACGUCAAAGUGCAAGUAGAUAAAUAGUUACCGCUCUGGCGGGAAGGUAAACGGCGUUUCCGUGUGCUGCUCUGGUUCGCCAGAAGCGGCUUAGUCAUGCUGGACACAUGAGCCAGAAGCUGUACGCCGGCUCCCUCGGCCAGUAAAGCGAGAUGAGCGCCACAACCCCAGAGUCGGCCACGACUGGACCUAAUGGUCAGGGAUCCCUUUACCUUUAAAGUAAACCAGUAAGGGGUGAAGAGGUGCUUCCUUGUAUAGUUUGUUUUAAUCCCUGUCGCAAUGCAAACAUUCCAAAUGUUCUAAGGGUGAUGUGUUUCAGCAACUUUUGUUAUACAAGAAAGCUGUGGAACUGUAGCAGUGUGUUGUUUUAGACUCGAGUUUGCAUUACUGCAAACUUCCCCAGCCUGGUGCCCUUAACUGUUUUGGAUUACAACUCCCUUCAGCCCCAGUCAAGUCAGGAUGGUUCAAUAACAGAAUCGAGUUCUAAGGUACCCCUAAGGGCUAUCUAGUCCAACCCCUUGCAAUACAGGAAUCUCAGCUAAAGCAUCCAUGACAGGUGACCAUUCAACCUCUGCUUAAAAACCUCCAAAGAAGGAGAGUCCACCACCUCUCGUGGGAGACUAUUCUACUGUCGAACUGCUCUUUAGUCGGAAUCUCCUUUCUGGUAACUUGAAGCCAUGGGUUCGAGUCCUACCCUCUAGAGCAGGAGACAACAAGCUCAGUCCCUCUUCCAUGUUACACCCCUUGAGAUAUUUGAAGAUGGUUGUCAUACCUCCUCUCACUCUCUUUUCCAAGCUAAACACCCCCCAGCUCCCUCAACUAUUCUUCCUAAGUCUUCGUUUCCAUACCCUCGAUCAUCUUGGUUGCAUUAAGGGAGGCUGCAUUAUUUUGUGCAACUUGCUCUCGAGUAAUGUGACUCAGGGACACCUCAUGGUGUUUCGUUGGCGAGAGAAGCCACCCAGCAUUGUUUGACGGAUGAAUGAUUGUUGAAUGUUUUUCAGGAUCCCUUAGCCAAAAGGGCCAAUCCUUUACCUGUGUCCGUCCCAUAUUUGAGCCCCCUGGUACUAAGGAAAGAGCUGGAAUCUUUGCUGGAGAACGAGGGAGAACAAGUGAUUCACACCUCCACGUUCAUCAAUCAACACCCCAUCAUUUUCUGGAACCUGGUGUGGUAUUUCCGACGCCUGGACCUCCCAAGCAACUUGCCAGGACUCAUUCUAACAUCAGAGCACUGCAAUGAAGGCGUGCAGGUGAGGUUCUGCACAGGUACUUCCAACACGGCAGGUGCACCUGGUGAUGUUUGUUUUGCUUUGCCCUUGCAAACCUUAAAAGAGGGUAACCUGUUGGUUUGUUUUGCCUUGGUAUCCUGCCUCUAUUUGCCUUGGUGACAGAAACAAAUACUGACAAUAUUGAAUAGAGGCUAGUCAUCUAUUUCGGGUGUUCAAAGUCUGUUGAGGGAGUGCAUUUUAGUGCAUGCUGCUGAUAGAAAAGGCGACCCCCUAAAAAGCAAUUGUUCUAUUUCAAAAGAUAGCAGGGGAGAUAGUUAGUUAAAGUGCAACUCAGACAAAGUUAGGCACAAACGGCUUGAUCAUUUAGGAAAUAGCAUAGGUUUGUUGGAGAGAAGAUCGUGAUUUGCUUGGGGAAUGUGUUUAGAAGAUGUGGAACAGACCAUGUAGAAAACCAGCUUCAGCUAUGGGGUACAUAAAUAAGUCAUUUCAGUUUAGAAAUGCAGUUACUUAAGAUGGAGACUUGUUUCUGUGGGAACACUGUGUUCUUUUCAUAAAUGUUCAUCAGCCGAUGGCUUUUUCAAAACCAUUGUGGAUUGAUAUUGUGGAUAUGAUGCAAAUCCUUUCCUGUUUCUGAAAUUGGCUUUGUUUAAAUGGGAGGAGGCCAUGUGCUCUAGACAAAUGUUCCUUCGCUAGAGAACUCCGCCAGCAAAGGGUGAAAUUAACCUUGUGCACCCGCCAUUGCAAAACUGCUGGCAAGAGAGCUCAGUCUGUGGCGAAGUGAUAAGAAAGCGUGUUUCCUCUCUUUUAGCUUCCUCUGUCAAAUUUGUCUCAAGACAGCAAGCUAGUGUUUAUCCAACUUCUGUGGGACAAUAUCAAUCUUCACCAAGAGCCUGGGGAACCUCUGUACCUAUCUUGGAGAAACUUCAGUGAGUAAAAGUGUACAUUUCAAAACCUGUUUUGAGAAUAAGACUCUUCACCUGUACUCGAUGGUCAUCGAUAUUUGCCCAUCUUCCCCAAAAUGACUGCCCGUGUUCCUUGAUGGGUCAGCGCUCGGACCAAGUACCCGCAGCCUUGGUGGAUGAAAAGCUUGGAUACAACUUGGAUACUAGCUUGUUGCUAGUACAAUCUACUAAUGCAAUAGGCCAGUGAUUUUCAACCAGUGCCUUGAAUGAUGGUCUGAGGUGCUGCGGGCAACACUGGCCUCUGUCCCUCUUUCCUACCUCUGAUGCCCUCUCAUGUCUCUGCCUCCCAAAGGCUUGCACAGCUGCUAUUGCAGCAGCCCUGGCUAUAAGCUCCAUAGGCAAAUGGUGCCUCUGAGAGGCACCUCUCUCUGGAGUGGGGUCUGGGGCAGCUCAGAGACCAGGGAUGGCGGCAGAAGCUGCCUGGAAGACUCCCAAGGAGAAGGGAGAGGAGGCUGGGGGAACACUCCACAAGGGAGGGUGUUCAAAAAAGGGUGAGGCUGCUGGCUCUGUAGGAAAGGGGUGACAUACCUCCUGGUCUGCCCCGCAGAGGACCUUAAGGUCCUUGAAUAAUCAUAGUUUAAAGGUCCCGGGCCCUAAGGAAGUUAGAUUAUCCUCCACCAGGGCCCAGGGCCUUCUCAGUGAUGGCUCCGACCUGGUGGAAUGCUCUGUCCAAUGAGACCAGGGCCCUGCAGGAUUUAACUUCCUUCCGCAGGGCCUGUAAGACAGAACUAUUCUGCCUGGCUUUCAACUUGAGCCUAGCCUGAUCUUUUAUUCCCCUUCCUUCCCUUCCAUUGUUAUGAAGAUUACCCGCUCUGGGAUCCCACAGCUUAUUCUCCCCUGGUCUCCAUGCUGGCCUAAAUAGGACUAAUUUAGCCAGCUAGCCCUGGUGAUCAUCUAAUGUUUACUUGAUGGAUUGCAUGCACAGAAGUGGUCCCUCCAGUUGCGGAAACCUUGGGACCUGACCGGAGCUCUGGAACGGAUCCCGGCUGCAAGCAGAUACCACUGUAUUUCCUAUCAGGGACCUUCUAUGUGCAGCUGUAAUCCCUAGCCUGAAAGCUGCUUCUCCUUUCCUCUUCCAGUUGCCAAAACUUCCACCCCUCUCCUCCUUUGCCCUGUAUUUCUUCCUUCAUUCCCCAUCUUUUCUUUCUCCCAUCUUCCCCUUUCUAGUCUCUUUCUUUCCUCUACCUUCCUCUCUGUUGCUUGUAGUUUUCUUCUGACAUUUAAAAGGUAAAGGUACCCCUGACCAACAGGUCCAGUCGUGACCGACUCUAGGGUUGCGCGCUCAUCUCGCUCAAGAGGCCGGGAGCCGGCGCUUGUCUGCAGACAGCUUCCGGGUCACGUGGCCAGCGUGACUAAGCCGCUUCUGGCGAACCAGCGCAGCACACGGAAACGCCGUUUACCUUCCCACUGGAGAGCGGUCCCUAUUUAUCUACUUGCACUUUGGGGUGCUUUCAAACUGCUAGGUUGGCAGGAGCUGGGACCCAGAACGGGAGCUCACCCCAUUGCGGGGAUUCGAACCGCUGACCUUUCGAUCAGCAAGUCCUAGGCUCUGUGGGUUAACCCACAGCGCCACCCGCAUCCCUUAGUGAUGGCUUUUCACCUUUCUUAGUCAUAAUUUGUUGAUUCCCCCCCCCUCUAGAUUCUACAGAAAAGAAACCUUCUGCAGUUUCAGAAGAGCAACAAGCAACAAUCGCUUUAGCUGAGAACAUCAAACUGAGUAUUCAGCACAAUGAUGUUGUGAAACCCAUCAAUCUUCUCGUGCAGAAAACUAAGCAAGAUAGGAAACGACAAAGGUAAAGGGGAAAUGCCACUGACUCCACAAAAAUAUGGGGAGGAAAAGUAGUGGCGAUUUUCAAGUUCCUUGCAUACUUCGCACUGUGCAUAGAAUUCAGCUAUCUGGGGGAAGUUAACCUGCAUUAAGGUGCAUGCAGUUGCUUCUACAGGAAUCAAUGGAGACAAAUAUCACUGCAGAGACGGCAAAUAUGCAUGCAGAAAUAAGUAUAUCAAUAUGGAAGUUUGGUGUGAAAUUUUACUGUUUUGCUCUUGCAAAGAGGCAACUAUAUAAUGAAAGGUCACACUGACAUCUAGAGCCUUUCGAGAACACCUUCCUUGUGAUUUGCAUUACCCAGAAAGCAGCUGACGAGUGUUGGAUUUCUUAAGACAAUGCAGAUGGGGCUGCCGUUAAUGAACAGUAAAGCCUUUUUUCCCCAGGAAAACUUGUGACUGUUUGACCUAAGAAACACACUCUCAGUGACAUUUUUCACCUGUGAGAACUCUAGUUCCAUGUAAGGUAGUGUAACUUACAAGGCAGCAUGUGGUUGGAAUAGGCUAAAGGGAAGACUGAACUUGUCUAAUUUCUAAACAUGCAUUUUGCAGGAGCUUUUACAGAGAAAUUCUUUUCCUGUCCCUGGUCUCCCUUGGGAGAGAGAAUAUUGACAUAGGUAAGACACGUAAGCAUGUGUGUGUGUGUGUGUUUUAUGAAUGGUAUUGGAUGUCAUUAUUCUUGUAACCAGAAACUAACUCUUCAAAUACAUUUCUUUUUAAAUUAUCAGUUCACCUGGAAAAGCAAAGCAUAGCUAAUCUUUAAUAUUGUUUCUUCUAACUUGUAAUAAUUGCUAUAUCUUUGGUGCUCUUAAAAACAAGAUUUAGCUUUUCUAGCUUACAUUUGAAAGGAUUAAUGGAUGAAUCAGAAUGGACAGUGCAUUCAUAUUUUGUGUGUUUGAAGACUAGCAACUCAAAAAGGCCCAGGCAUUCUAUCUUUACCUAAGAGAAUCUCCUUCCAUUUCAAUUGUGAAUGGCUUUCUGCUGCAUGGAAAGAGAUGUUUUGCAGUGUGUUGAAAAGCUUUAGCAAAAGGUCUGUACAACUUCUCCGUCUCCCUUGACUGAAACGCUGCUUUCGUUCUUUGCAGAGGCCUUUGACAAUGAGUACAGAGCUGCCUAUAAAAGCCUUCCAGCCGAGGUGCUUGAAAAGAUGCAGAAGAUCGACGCCCCGCCCAGCGUCAGCGUUGAGUGGUGCAGGAAAUACUUUGGGGCGCCUGUCAUAUAAACUCCGCAAAGAUGAUGCCAUGUAGCAGCUCCACAAACAGAGAGCAGAGGAAAGGGACAAAAUGGUGAAUGUGUUGAUUUGGAUUCAGCUAUAGCUGUUGGCGUCCAAUUCAGGAAUACAUGUAGCACUCUCUUCUGUGACAGUCCGAUGUCUAUACCAGCCCCAAUAAUUAAGUGCAAAUAUGCUAGUGCAAAGUCAUUGGCUUUUGAAUUGACAGUUUAACCUUCCUGUGCAUCAUUGUUUAGAACGACAACGGAGACUGGCGUUUUAAUUGGUGUCUUGCUUUUUAAAACUUGAAAUGUUGGAAUGUUUUAUUUGUCUUCUAGCCCAAGAGCACACUGGUUUCUUAAUGAAUGGAUCCAUCAGUUUAAAAGAGAGAUCUCUACUUGCUGCAUGUAUAUGUACAUUUUGUACAUUUUGAAUUGUAAUUCUUUUCCCUUGGGUCAAAAGACCAAACCUUAGCUUUAGUUUAAACGCCCAUCUUCUUCUUAGAAAACAAUCACUGUCUUGGACUGUAGCAAGAAUAUAGCUGUUGUGGCUAUUGUAAAGCAUAGUAUUUUUCUCAUUUUUAUAGAAUAACUACUUUAAAUAAUUCUCAAACUGUACAUACAAUGUUCUCCCCACAAUGAUGGGUUCCUACCCUGAGUGGCUUUGAAGGCAGUUGCCUCUCUAUAAAGGAAAGUGGGAAUAAAUGAAUCUAGGGUACAUAUAUGGGUGGGGAAAAUUGACCACAUAUACCUGUCUUAGCAUUUGUGUAAAAGAAAGUAUAUAAUAUGUAUUUUGGGGCAAAGCUUGAAGCUGUCAGGUGCCUCAUUCCUUGCUCAUCUUUUUAACCUGUGGGACAUUUUCUUUGCACUGUCCAAUUUAAAUACUUCUAUAUUAAAAUGUAUUUAUACUCACACACUUGAACGUAUAUGUUUACCAGGAGUGUAAAGGCUAAUUUUUAAUCUUAACUUUUUAAAUAUCUCUGGUUAAUUACCAGUUUGUUGCAGAGAGAGGGGGAGAAUGCUUGCAUUCACAGCUAGCUCUCUUUUGACAGUUGCAUGGAUGUUUUCUGAAACAUUUAAUGACAGUUAAGAGAGAUGGCUAUCCUCCUCCUCUUCACUUCAGAUGAUGUCACGGUAUCUGAGCAUCUGCAUUAACUACUUUUAUGAAGCAAGUCCAUUAAGAGGGAUUGUGGAUAAUGACUAAAAGUACACACAUAUUCUUGAUCCUGCCCCUUGUAAUCUUUCAUACUGCACUAGCGCUAAGCUAGAGCAGAGCAUGGCAGGAUUGUGACUAUUCCAGUAACAGCAAGAAUUUUGCACUUGUCAGAAUAGUUUGGCACUUUAGACUAGAUUCUCUCUUAGUGUUCACACUAAACCACAUUUCAAAAUAUAUUGCUGGGAAUGUUUUAAAUGUGAAAGCCGUCCCAUGAAAGAGCACAGUAGGCAGAGAGUAUAUCCCUUAUACUUUUCCUCCCCACCCCUGCCACCACUAUUUUUCUGAAAUUGCAGGGGACUAGUAUAUUAAGGUUGCUUGUAGGAUGUCUGUUUUAUCCCUCCUUUGUCCCUUUCUCAAAUACAAUGCAUUUUUUCAUUUACAAAUGAUUAUUAUAAAUAAAAACCCUUACGAAACACCUUUUAUGGUAUGUUCAUAUUUCCAUUGUAAAUUAAUGUUAUGUAUGAAAGAUUGCACUUGGAACCUUUCUUGUUUUGUUUAUGCAGACUGUUUCUUACCAUUUCAGUUUUGCCGUUUCUGAAUUACAUCUUACUGCAAAUCAGCAGGAACAAUUUGGGCUAUUGAUACUAUGCAGAAAAAAAUUGGCAUUUUAGCUAGUGGUAAUUCUUUUGCUGUAACAAAUAGCAUUUAGGGUAAAGCAAGUCACAUUUUAAAAACCUUUUGCUGUGUUUGAACUGUUGGCAUUGCACUUCUGUUUUAAUGCAGAACAGAGGAUAAGCACCAAAGACUUACCGUAUUUUUUGCUCCAUAACACUCACUUUUUUCCUCCUAGAAAGUAAGGGGAAAUGUCUGUGCGUGUUAUGGAGCGAAUGCCUACGGAUGGCGGGGGCAUCUGCUGCAGUCGUGAGCAGAGGAUCCAUGGUUCCCCUUCCUUCCCUCCUCCGUGGCUCGCUUUGAAACAGCAAAGCGGGAGAAGAGUUGCUGAGUGGGGAGAAGAGAGGGACAGAGAGCCUGGUUACAAAGCACGGAUCCACAUGGAUCCUCAGGAUUUUUGCACUGGGUCACCCCAAAUUCACCAUCAGAUCACAUGUCUGUGGCCACAGCAUGAACCACAAAAAUCAUACAUCCACUGUUUCAUUUAGAAUAUUUUUUUUCUUGUUUUCCUCCUCUAAAAACUAUGUGCGUGUUAUGGUCGGGUGCGUGUUAUAGAGCAAAAAAUACGGUAAGUUCUUGCAUUAUUACUCCAGCAAAUUUGAGAAACCUAAUUUCCUGAAAGCAGAUGUUGGAGUGAAGGCAGCCUAGACUCUUCCCAUGUGGUCGAGCUGCUAAUGUUACUCUAGCUAACCAGUGAAGUAACACAAAUGCUAGCUUCAAUUUAGUGCAUUUAAAUGCCGUAUUUUGGACCCAUAUCAAAGCUGUCAUCUGCUUUUUAAAAAGUGCCAUCGUUUUCCUUUCAACUGUCCGUAAAUUCUGGGACUGUGUGGUAUAGUUCUCUAUAAAUUUUAUUUCAUUGGGGGCUAAUUUGGUCUAAGCGAGUUUUUUUAAUGCAAGCUAUUAAUUUGGUUUCUGAUAACAUGUUAAUCGCGAGUGCACUUUAGAAAACCAUCAAAGCAGCUGACAAAGAGGUAAAGAUGGUUGCUUAGGGAAAGAGAACUAUGUAUGGCAGCUUGAGUAAUAAGGUAGUAGAAAGGACCUUCAGAAGCGCAAGGCUUUUGAAGAAUUUAUAUCACUUACUGGCUGAUCCUAUGCAAGUUCACUGAGAAGUCCCAUAGAGUUCAAUGAAAUUUACACCCCAAAUAAGUUUGCCUAAGGAAAGCUAGUGCCACGUGUACAGUUUGGCUCUAUGAAACAUACAUCUUAACCAUGCAUAACUUUAACAUGAAGUUAAAUUUUAAGGGGGCAAAUGUCUUGGAAGUAAAUGUCUCAGCAGCUUAUCCACUAUACAUCAUUACUGGGAGUUAAUGGUAGCAAAUUAAUUAUAGUGCAAGCGUCAUGAAACCCCUGUUCAGUUAAAGUCUCUUUUAUAGAAUAAUGAAAACUAGCAGAAUAACCACAAAGUUUAGUUGUUUUUAUAUCCAUUUUCCCCAUCCAUUUUUUUAAAAAAAGAUGUAUUUAGGUAUGGAAAUAGAUGAACAGUUAGGACUUCAGGCAUAUUAUUCAUAGGGUUAGUUAUUUGUGCUGACCAAACCAAGUAAAAUGCUACGUAUGCAGUAUAAAAUUAGGUCCUCUCUCUGUUAAACUAAUACGGGAUGUUUCUAAAACACUAAAAGCUUACACCUGGUUUGGGGAAUUAAAUCAAAGCAAGCCAGCCUGCAAUUUUAACUUUUGGGUAGUUUAAAGCUCCUUUUUAUUCCAGCGCAAAAGCUGUGAGAUGUAAAAAGAUACUAUGCUUUUCCACAACCUGUGGCAGGGUAGAAACUAAAAAUUACUUAGCUACAUUUGAAAACCCUUUUAAGCUCCAUUCUAUAUUCCGGCGGUGACCAGCAUAGGUGUGUCCAGUUGCCUUGUAAUUGCAGACACAUGGGGUCCGGAAAAGAGAAGAAGGGGAGCAGGGGGUCUUUAUACGUGCUCUGCCGAUGCACAGAGGGGCCAGGAAUAAGAACCCUGCAUCAAGGGGUCACCGGCUGCACCCAACUUUUAUAGUGUUUUAGAGCAUUCCCUACAUUAAACUAGGAGAGGAGUUUGCUACAGUUCUGUUCCUAUUCUGCCACAUUGACUGUGCUGCAUGUUAGGGGGUUGGGAAACAGACCUUAAAACACCUAGAAUCCUGCGGAGUACAAGUAUAAAAAGGGAUUGUUUUGUCUUUAACAUUAAAAGUGACAUGAGUUGCUUUGAGGUCAAAUUUUAUAAUUUCAUGGUAAAGGUGGGAAGGUUUCAAUUACUAAUACAAUCAUGUACUGGUUUCGGAAUUUGAAUGUUAUCAAUUCACUGUGCUUUGAGCUACCUGGUAUCUUAAUAUUUUUGUUAAUAAGUUUGUUUCUUAUUGACUCUUUUGCAUAGGUACCCUGGGUGAUUUAGAAACCACUUGUUAAAUGUUAUAUCAAAAAUAAAAGUGUACAAAUGUCU